GCAGCAUUACUGCCCUGUGGGUAACCUAGUAUUUAUGAUUUGCCAAACAGUUUGGAGUAUUCAUCAACAAGAAUGUUUGCCGAUGAUACGACAUUAACUGCAUCUGGUAAAUCAGUUGCUGAUGUAGAAAUGGCCAUUAAUUAUGAUCUUGCUAACGUAAAGCGGUGGCUAUCUGCAAACAAACUAUCCCUAAAUCUUGUUAAAACUGAAUACCUACUAAUUGGAUCUUGGCAUAACGUCAACAAUCUAGCCCUUGUUCCAAAUGUGUUCGUUGGCGAUGUACAAAUUAAAAGAGUGAGAGAAACAAAAGCACUUGGAGUAUGUAUUGAUGAAUUUUUGUCAUGGAAUAAGCAUAUUGACAAAAUUGCUAAGAAGGUUUCAUCCGGAAUUAGAGCGAUCAGAAGACUCAAACCCUGUGUGGAUCAUAAUACAUUAAUAUGUGCUUAUAACGCACUUAUAUUGCCCCACUUCGACUACUGCUGCGAAGUUUGGGAUACUAUUGGUAUCACACUCUCUGAUCGCCUCAAAAAAUUACAAAAUAGGGCUGCUAGAGUAAUUACGGGUCGUAAAAACGAACACGGCCAAUCUGAACUUGCUUUAAAUGAACUAAACUGGAAAACAUUGAAAGAACGCAGAACUCAAUUUGUAGCAAGUCUCAUGUACAAAAUAACCCACGAUCUAGCGCCCAAACAACUAAUUGAUAUGUUUCAAAAGACGCCUUCGUCUCAACAUUAUAACUUACGAGGUUAUGCCACAAAUCUCUAGCUGCCCAAACCUAAGACCGAAUAUCUUAAAAAAGGUCUUAGUUAUAGAGGAGCAAAAUUGUGGAAUGGCCUCUCAGAUAGACUAAGAAAUAAAUGUUCUCUUAUUCAAUUUAACUUAAGUGUGCGGCACCUGGCCAGUUAGAUAAUGAGUUUAUGAAUUUUUUUUUUUUUUACAUUUUAUUUAUUUGACCAUAGUAGAGUAAUUAUAAUUGUAUAAUUGUAUUGUAAUGUGUUAGUCUUGUAUAUAUAUUUAUCCUAAUUGAGUGUAACGUUUGUAUUUUUAAACCUACGCCCCUCUUGGAAAUCAGCUCUUGCUGUAGGGGUUAGCGUAGACAAGUAAAGUUUUUAAUUACCUACUACUUAUUAUCCAUGUUAGUCAACGUUUAUUCAUAAUUCUGGUGUAUUGUAUUUUUGCCCAACUAACCAAUAAUAGCAAUGUUUUAGGAAAGUUACCUAUCUGUGACUGGAACAAUAGGGUAAAUUGGAAAUUGCUAUUGGUGGAUUUGGCAAAAUACUAAUCAGUUAUAUUGUUAUGAUGUUAUCCCAAUGAGUUUCACAGCCAUCUCCUCUUCAAUAGCCUACGUCUAGAAUAAAGAUUGUUAUCAGUUUACGGAGUGUCCAUUAUGUACCAUUUAAAGCACGCGUAGGAGGGUUUUAUCACAUAUAAAACACGACGCGUAGGGGAGUGUUUUAUAUGUGAUAAAACACGACCACAAGUGCUUUAAAUGGCUUCAAAAACGACUCAUCUUAUACGAGUUCAUUGGCGAAGUAAUUUUUAAAAUAAACUUUGUCUAAACCGAAAAAAUCAAAGCUAAAGUUUAUGUAAAUUAACAUGAUUUUUUAUCACAUAUAAAACCACGACACGCUUAUGAUUUUUCUUUGUGUUUUCCUCCUGAAUUAUUAAUGAGUUCUUGAAUUUAUGUUUUAUAAUCUCAGGUGACCUAAAACUAUGAACUAUAUCGUCGGCUUUUUACCGUAGCCAAACUCUGGAAAAAUUGCUUUGUUUUUUAAUUUUUCUUCCAAAGGACUUGAAAACGGUGCGUCAAACGUCGGAAGGGGAAUGGACACCAUUUUGGAUGAAUUCACUGUGUCAAAUUUUAAGCACAGUACUGUUUCAAGACACACUUUGAAGCAAGACGUAGAUUGCGUGGAUAAAAACGAAGGCAAAGUAUAGGUCUUUAAAGCAUGGAGAAAACUACGAUGUUUCAAGCAAAAGGCCUUUCGUCGCGUAAAGUUCAUUGGAUUACCCAAAGGCGGCCCUUUUAGAUCUUAUUUACCCUCCGACCAAAGGACCCUUGGCUCACAACGUCGCAUUUAGCUCUUUAUAUACUAGAUUGCUCCAAAGAUAUUCUACUUUGCCUACGACAAACUAAUUUAAGGUGGCUCGAUACAAUUUUCAAAAACUUCAGGUGUGUAAAAGUUUGACUGUUUUAAACGUCGUAUUUUAAAGGGGAAGUCAAGUCCGUUCUGCGCAUCGGUUCUGCGCAUAACAAUAGAGGGCCCUCUGAGGUAAACAUUGCCCAAAUUUUGAAUGUUUCGAAUUUUUCUGAACACAAACUCUAUUUCAUAUUCAUGUAGAAGCAUAACGAACCAAAAUGGUGUUAGAUAUUCAGACAGUACAUCAUAUUUUAAAAAAUACAGCAGUUCAAAAUGUAAACAAACCGUUUGUUUACAUUACGGACUUGACUUCCCCUUUAAGGUUUUAUGAAGCAGAUAACAGGAUGAUCAUCUAUUUUAAUAUUUUUUUCUUUCAAAUUAUGUCAGUUUUGGUAACAUAUAGCGUACGAAAUUCACUCUAAAAUAGCCUAUUGCUUUGUCGGUGUAGGCGGCACGACUUUUCGAUUUUCACUGACCGAUAACUUUGAUCCUGGUUCAAGGUUUUCAAAUAUUUAGAACCUCUUUAGCAUUUUGAGUUAUUUGGUCUACAUGUCUUUGACAUGCAACGUGCUUCCGCAACACGGGCGAGUCGCCAAGUCAAGCCAUCUAUUAACCUGAAAUUCAGGCCUUAAUUUUAAACUUCGGGUUAGUCAUCUAUGCACAGUAAGUAUUUUCGUUAAUAUUCCCGCGGACACGAAUGAUCACGCGAGUUUGCUCAUAUAGCAUGUUUUGUCAGUCGCGAUUAAGGGAUUUUGUGUGGAUUAAUAUAUCGAGCCACCUUAAACAAAAAUGAGGUUGUUUUCAUACACAGGGACCGGUUGUUUAAAAACACAGUUAAAUCUAAUGUUGUUGUUGUAAAAUUCCGUCAAUCACAAUUACGUAAUCCAAAGCGGUUAACCACUAUUCAAUUACAAAAUCAAUGGUCCCAGGGUGUAAAAAGGAUGAAUGCCUGCGUCCAAAAUGAAAAUGUAUGAACUGGUAAGGAUAAGAACUAUGUUUUAUAUAAAGAUGAAUAAUUUUAUUUAAAAUCCUCACAAAUUAAUUAGUUGUGAAAUUCAACGUGGGCACCAUUUCUCAUUAAACCUCAAUUCAACGUUCUUGCGUUUUCCAUUUUCUCCCAGAAUUGCUUUUGUUGGAAUUAUUUAGCUUCUUACUAAAAAUAAAUUCAUAUUUGCAUGGGUUCGGCAGAUAAUCACGAGUUUGGCAUGCUUAUUAAUUGGAUGCAAGAAUGCUGCUCAAAACAAUGAAAACUGAUAUCAUAUUGUUUAUACGGACAUAAAGCUGGACUAGGUCUUUUGUAUAAAUGUAUUCAAAUGACGUUUCAAGCUAGGGUCUUUCGUCGGGAAUUUAGAGGGUAUAGUAUUCAGUAUUGCUGUACUUACAGUAUUGCCGUACACUACCAACACUGGCAACGACAGUUCGAAAGUUACCUUAUCCGCAUAGUUGCGCGACUUGAAAGAUUAAUUUGGAGUUUCAAAUAUUGAAUUAGAGGCCGAUUACAUGGAGCAUUUUCAACCCCGAGGUUGAACUCAGCCCUGUUUACCGGGUUGAAAUUUCAGCCCUGUCUGUAAUACAAAACUCUAUCUUUAGCUGGGUUGAAAGUUUUGUCAUGUAAUCGUUUCAACCCAGGCUGAAAUUACUAUGAGUUAAUCGAGCAUGCGUGGUAGUGACUAUUUAUUACAAGAAAACAAAAUAAAAGCUUUUUUACUUCCGCAAAUAGAUGCCGAGAACGUAUGGUAUAACGUUUCAACCCCGGGGUUGAAAUCGUCCAUGUAAUCGCAAAAAAUUUCAAGCCGGUUAACAGGGCUGAGUUCGACCCCGGAGUUGAAAAUGCUGCAUGUAAUCGGCCCCUUAAAGUGGUUUGAAUCCUACAUUUCUGAUAUGGAACAAGUGUGUUUUGUCAAUGGGACGACGUCAACACCCAAAAAGAUAGUCUGCGGAGUUCCUCAGGGAUCUAUAUUAGGGCCAUUAUUGUUUUAACUUAACUUUACAUUAAUGAUCUCCCAGUCUUGAUAACACAACCCCGUGCUUAUAUGCCGAUGGCACACACACAGAUAUUUUUUUCCGCUAAGAAUUCUGCGGAACUUAUUCUCAACUGACUUGAAUAGCGAUAAAAAAAUUAGCCAAUGGCUAACAUGUAACAAAUUACAGCAUCAUUCAACCAAAAUCAAAUUAAUGUACGUAAAUUGGUUCGCAUGCAUGCAAAGUGUAAUAUUUGUAGCGGCACACACGAAUUGCAGUUAACGUUAAGUAUGCUUUCCAUUGGGUUGUUCGAUUUAUAAAGUCAUUACUAUAGCAAUGUUUGUGUCGGUUUCAUAUUAGUUUUAAGCAUGUAUAUACUAAAAGAAUGUAAGUAAAGAAUGGAAAUAAGAUCCUACCUUGAAAUCACAGCGUAUGUCUUCAGCGGCGUUAUGCAGUAUGUGGUUCAAGUCGAGCACCUGUAAGAAUACCUUGAAAUCACAGCGUAUGUCUUCAGCGGCGUUAUGCAGUAUGUGGUUCAAGUCGAGCACCUGUAAGAAACUGAGGAAUGUGCAGCUAUUAUACUCAAUCUUAUGGUACCGUCUCAUAACCAUUCGUGCGUUUCAAUCAAGGCAAAGGUUUUUUGUAAAUUUGAGUGGGAAACAGGACGUAACAUCCGAAACUCGUUGCAACAGGUAUUUUUGCAUUAUGUAAAUGUAUCAAGUGUGAAUAAAGUUAUGUGGCUACCUGCGUUCGUGUAAAUCCAUUCAAUAAGCUGGCCUUGCUUAACAUCUAUAAUACUAUAUAUUUACAAUAACUUGGAAAAAAUCUGCGCUAACAAGUGGUGCACAAUAUUAUGACUAUGUUACAAUCCCAACCACCCCCUGCAGCGAAAAGAGCGAUUAGUCUCAAAAUUGCUGCAGUCGAUCUCUAAUUGAAUUUACUUUGAAGAUGACCAUCUAAGCAAAACUAAGUUUACUAGUUAAUACUUUUGACAAAAGUCGAUUAAAUUUGCAUCAGCGUUUUAGGGCAGAAAAUGUUGUUUUUGUGCCUCUUAAGUAGUCUAACCCCCCAGAAGACAAGAAAUUGCAUUUCGGAGAUACUAAAAUUGUCGAAGACAAUGGCAACGUUGACAAUGGGCACGAGAGAAUGGUCAGCAAACAAACAAUUUGCGUCAAUACACUUAAUACGUGGGUUAAUACACUUCUUAUUAUUGAUUAACAUUUUAAGAAGGGUAAUUAUAUACAAUUGAUGAGGACAUUCUUACUUAAUUGAUCACGAUAUUGCAUAACAACCAUAAAUAUUCUGCAAUCGCUGGAUUACUGUAGAAUACAAACUGGACCAAGUGGUCUCGUGAUCAACUUCAAAUUACUUAUUUGUUUUUGUGGAUAAUGUUAAAUUAACAUUCUUGCCAUCUAUUUUAAUUUAAGUCUAUGUGUGCAUGUGAAGACAGGAAUCCUUUAUGAACACAAAACUUCCUACAUUAAGAAUUCAACUGCAUGCUUGUAAAUAUAUACUAUGUACAAUAAGAUGACGCCAGUAUAAGGGUAUGGGUAAUAUCAUCAGGAUUGAUGCAUUGGGCAUCUCAUUUGCCAGGGUUAUCUGCAGUUAACAAUCAGACGAGUCCAACUCUGAAAAGACAAUGCUUUGUUUUGCCAUUCCUGUACACACUCAACUGUAUUUACUGAAUAUGAUGUACAUCAAGACAUGUUCCUUAUUGCAAGACUGCAGCAAAAGCCGGAACUCAAUCUUCUUCUCAACAGAGUCUGCAAAUUCAACCUAAAACAUGCAAUGGAUGAGUCAAUAUGAAGCGCCGUUUGUCAUUGAAAGAAAAAUUAUAAAUCAUGCAAAUGAAAUAGUGCAACCUUUCCCUUGAAAUGCUUAAAGUGCCUAUAUCAGGGUCAGGGAAAUGAUUUUUCCUGAUAGUUUAGAUGAUUUUAAGAACAUUUGCAAUAUAUUUGACAAGACGAAAAUUUCAUCUUCAUGGACUUUUUGGGCCUCAAAGUUGCGGAUUUUGGCAAAUUUUUGUGUUUGACCGUGAGAUACAAUUACUGGUAACUAGUUGUGUUGUGAGGCGGAAGUGACGUAGGAAUGAGAAGACAUGCUUUCAGAACAACAGGACAUUUAUAGUAAAACAGCAACAUUGAAAACUUUAUCCUUUUUAAAAACACGAGAAAAGAAUAUUUUAUCGGUUUUUUGUUUAUUUCGCUGAACGUCCAUGGUUCAGAGAUGCCACAUAGGUGUGUAGCAUAUGGAUGCUCCGACAUUGCUAGCCAAAAUGAAGGAAUAUCGCUGCACAAUAUUCCGUAUGGGAAUGACGAUCGGCCAGAGGCAAAAAAAGCGAAGGAAAAGAUAGGUUGACUUUGUGAAACAAAAGAGACUGAACUUCGAACCAACAGCUUCAUCGAAGAUAUGCUCAAGACAUUUUAUGGCCGAAGGUUUUGUGAGACCAUUCGCUGUUGGUUUGACGACUGAGAAACCAAAAUUGAAACAGCUACUAAAGAUAGACAACUUUGGUAUCUGCGUGUAUCCGACGAUUUUAGUCUUGGGUGGCGAUGAAAUGAACCUUUAUCCGCAAGAGAUCGCCGAUAUUCUGUAAGUAAUGCAUUUAGUAAUUAUGUUUUUACUAUUGCCAGUCGUCAGUCCUUAAUUUCGUUCAAUGUGAAUAUGUUAUAUAAGAAUGCAUAAUAAAUCGUGCUAUAUAUAUUCAUUAAAAUUAUAUGUAUUCAUUACCUAACAGGUAAUAAAUGCUAAGCGGCCAAGUACAUUGCUAAAAGAGGAAGGUGAACCCUCCACCUCGGCUGAACAAGGUGAAACCUCAACAAUGGCUGAAGUUUAUACUGACAAAGGUGAACCAUCUACUUGAGACGAUGUGCAACUACAAAAGAUGUCCAGAGGGAAAUAAGUCUGGAAAAGUCAACCAUUGAUGCCUGGCACUUUAAGGAUUGUCCUCGUAAUAAAAAAUAAUUACAAAAAAAUUUGACAUUACACUCAUUUGCAAACUACAUACUAGCUGAUUAAAUUAUACAGAUGUAUUAAUUUUUUAUGCAUUGUUCAAAUCCAGAGUGCACCCCCCCCCCCACAGGCACUUGCUCAUUUUAUGUUUCCCAGGGGUGGGUCAUUUGAAAACCAACCUCAACCCAGUGGUGAGGCAUUUGAAAUCAAUUAGGCCAAAAAAUACCAUGGUUUCCUACUAUAUGUUACAAAAACCUAGGAAGAGUAGGUCGGUUUUGAAUUUUUUAAUUUCAUUUUUAUGAGUUUUAUACAUCUAUCACAAACCAGUGAGCUCUAAACACCAGGAACCCUGGUAUUAUUUUUUGGCCUUAUAAAAUUAAUCCAAAUCAGUUUUUGUAUUGAUCUCACUUCAAGUGUUUGCAAAUGGGGGAUAUGCCUCGGACAUCAGUCCCACUUCGGGGAACUUUCCACUUUUUUACCAAUCUUGGAAUUAACCCAUUAAGUCGCAUUGCGCCCUGAUGCACCCUACAUUAUUAUUUUACUCUGUCUAACGCCAGGCGAUUUUACUCAUCAAGGGGAGAGCGCUGGUGCUUAAUGGGUUAACUGGCCUAUCUGCCCAUUUGUCUAUUUAACCCAUUGAGUUGCAUUGCGCCCUGAUGCACCCUACUUUAUUAUUUUACUCUUUCUAAUGCCAGACGAUUUUACUCGUCAAGGGGAGAGUGCUAGCGAUUAAUGGGUUAACAAGAUUUAUUUAAAAUGUCAGAAGCCCUGGGGGUGGGCACUUUUGGAUGCAUAAUAUUAUUAUGAUGAUAUCAUUCCAACUCUUCAUCAUCCUCAAAACCUUUGAAGUCUUUUCCACCAAAAGCUUGUCUUAUGGCAUGAUAACCACAUGCUGGUAAAGGUAUUCUUCUCUUUCCCAAGUAUCCAUAAACCAAUUGUAUAUACUCUCCAUAGGCAACACUUAGGAAAUACCUAUAAUAUAAGAAACUUUUCAUGUAAUAUUUGUAAUAGUUUUAUAUUAAUGAAAUUUUCUGAUUGAUAACAAAUUGUGGGAAUUUAUCAGGGUUAAAAAUGGCUAUAUUAUAUUGUUUAAUAAAUAUAUAUAUAUAUAUAUAUAUAUAUAUAUAUAUAUAUAUAUAUAUAUAUAUAUAUAUAUAUAUAUAUAUAUAUAUAUAUAUAUAUUACAUAUAUGUGUCUUGUCUGUUUUCAUCACCUUCCACGUUAUACUUCCUGCCAUCUAUUUUUCGAAAUUUACGCCCUCCAGAAGCGUUAUGCAAUUUGGCUCAGCACCUACUUCUUGUAAAACUAGUUCAGUCCCUAACGCUUCUAAGCAGCCUUCGAUUUCAUGGCAGCAUUGAGCCUCUCUCAUUUACCAGUAAAUCGACUUUACAUAGUUCGCAUGUACACCUGAAAUAAAAAGAAACACCAUAUAAUAUUCAUUGUGAUUUCUCAAACGAAAAAGGAAAAUAUUUUUACAUGAGUGUCAACACUAGUGUUACCUCCUUCACAAUAAUGGAAGUAAUUAGUAUUCAAGCGAAUGUAUGUAUGAAGUCAUAUCAUCAAUGACAUCACCGGAAAUACUUGCAUAAAAUAUGAAGUAUGAACGUUCAACUAUUCCCGCAUAAAUUAUGAAGUAUGAACGUUCAGCUAUUCCCGCAUAAAUUAUGAAGUAUGAACGUUCAAUUGUAUGUAUCCGGUUUGUAAGCAUUACGUAAUUGUAUUGCACAUAUCUAUAAAAGAAACUGCGCGUUUAUUCACUGUUAUCAUUGCAUACUAAGCCUUUGAAAAUGAAUUUUUCACAAAAUUUUGAGCAAUCGAAUUGGGCCAACAGCGUUCAUGCAGACGAAGUUUCGUCCUCUGAUUAUAAAAGGCUUUUCAGUUUGUUAGAAGCUAUAUAUGCAGAGGCUGUUGCUUGCGAAGUUGGUAAACUUGCUAAAGAGAGAUGUUGUGGUUGUGAGUACGACCAUCCGAGUCAACGCCAGCAUGACUGUCUCAUGUUAUCAGAACAAGAGAGAUGGCAAUCGUAUGGUUUGGAAGCCUUAGAGCGAGUGAUUGUUAAGCGUAUGGUUUGGAGGGAGUUUGUUGAGGCUAUUAAAGUCACGAUGUUACAGUAUCAUAAAGAUGUUCUUGAGCACUUCGACAAUUUAGAGAAAAGUCCUGAUUCAACGUUUGUUUACUCGCUGAUGGAUCUUCGUGAAAACACCGAGGAUAGUGAAUUUGAGUCAAUUUUGAAUUAUCUUUCAUACUGGAAAGAGGACAAAAUUUUAGACGAAAUUUCUAGCUGGAAAGAGGAUUGUCGUGAUGACCCGCUUGAGCCUGGGGCUACGGUCUUUUUUUUCAAUGCCCCCUAGUUUUAAGUAUACUGUGAAAGCGACAGGUGAGCAAUUUAGAAGUCAUGAAGAAGAUCAUUAUAAGGCAUAUGUGGAAUAUUUGAGAAGUAAACUUUGAGAUUCAGUGUAAAUAUGUUAAUAAACGAGUUUCGUUUUAUUCUUUUUUGUAAAAUUGGUGGUUCUUAAAAGAACCGGUGUUUUGUGUUUGUCUUUACUGUUGCAGCCACAUCGCAAAGGCUUCGACUUCGACUUUUGCGCAGUGUUGAUAAGCGUUGCUUUCCAGGUGGUUCCCGCAGGUUUCUAACCAGAUCAGUUGAUCAAAUAGUUUUUCAGCUUUGGGACAAUUAAAGCAUUCCAAAUUUACGGCCGGAAUACGGAGACUCGCCAGCAAGUCCCUUUCGUAAUGUCCGCCUUUGAAGGCAAUUGUAGAGUUUGAAUCUAUCUGUAUUUCACGGUAGAAAUUCUCUACAAUUGCCUGCAAGUCCGAAAUUUGAAAUGCUUUAGUGCCCCGUGGCACUCCAAACGGGAGUUUAUGUAUAUUCUUCUGGACGAAGUUACACGUUCUCUUGUCUUUCUCGUUGAGCUCGUUCCAGUGUAAACCAAUAUCGAAAAAGAACGACGAGGCUUCAGGGUCUCCGACCUUUAUGACUCCCAACUCCUUACAGAAAAAUUUCCUUCCAAUUUGAAAUCCGUCCAUGUCAAGGAUCCCAACGAUGUCUGCUUUACACUGCAUGUUGACUGAUUGAUUGCGAUGUGAAUUAGAUUGUUUGAAACACUAUAAUCUGCGUUCUUGCGUGCGAUAUAACUAUCGCGUGUACAAAAUGUUAAUCCAUGUGUUAAUUUAUGCAUGCAGUCAACCAACGCGGUAGCUUUGGCAACAACAUUUUGCUCUUAAAAUCAGUGCGAUUUAUAUAGGGACACUUCUCAAAGUGUCCCGCAAGCAAGUCCCGGGCGUCCCGUAGAAACGUCCCGUGCGUAUGAGCACAAGCUCAUAACUGCUCAUGAGCACAUGCUCAUCUGCUCAUAAAACUGCAAUACUGCUCAAUAGCAAGACAUUUCUGCACAGUCAGUGCUAACGGAAUGAGCUGCCAAUUUUGCGGAAAGCAAUUUAAUCGUGGUUACAAUCUACGAAGACACGAAAAGGAAUACUGUCCCCUAGGUGCACAAGAAAGAAACAUGUCUCAAACGGACUUGGAUAGCCAGGAAAGGGAUUUUCAAGACGACGUUUCGAUAACUUCAACUGAAGUGUCUGAAAUUUCGACGAUGACUGAUAAUGAGUCAGAAACUGAAGAGGAAAUGGAUCCUUGGAUACCGUUGAUAGAAGAAGCAAAGCAAAUAAGUAAUAUAGCAUUUGAGGAAAUGAAAGAAAGCCUUAUCAACAGUGGUCUAGAUGAACAAUCCGCUAAGGACAAAGCUUACUCUAAUAUUCUUCCUAAACUCCAGAAGGAACUGGAAAAUAUUUAUAUGGAGCGUCUCGUGUGGAUGAAACAGCUAAAGAAAGAUCCAGUUCAUAAGAAGAUUAUGCACACAAAAAAUGCACUUGUGGAAAACGAUGAUUUUGAUCCAGAAGAAGCGUUAGAAGCAGCUGUUGAUAUGAGAAAGUUUCUUAUAAAAAGGCUUUUAAAGGGUCACAAAUUUGAUGAGGAGAAUGAUGAUGAUGAUGAAGAGAAUGAUGAUUAGACUCGAUUAAUAGGAUUGAAGUCAUGUAUUCGAACAGUAUUAGCACGUAAAAACAUACCAGUAUAGACCCAGCAUGUAAAUUGUGAGUCAUUCAAUAAAUUGCUUUUUAAUUACUUGUCUUUUCUUGUCAUUUUUACAUGGGUCAGGCGGGUACAAAUCAAAAUGGCAAAAACAUGCGAAUACGAAAAUGUAUACAUUUGUGUACAUAAAUUUUGCAGUGGCUUCCACGAAAAAUGUACACCCAGUCUUCGGGCCUAAACGGGUCUUAUGAGCAGAUGAGCAUGUGCUCAUGAGCAGUUAUGAGCAGGUGCUCACACGUUCAUGCAGGAUGAGCAUAUGAGCAUGUGCUCAUGAGCAACUAUGAGCAUGUGCUCAUACGCUCAUCGCAUAAGAUUGUAUACCCGACAUGAUUUUGAAAAUCUAACAGCGCAAGAUGCCUUUGCGUCACUCAGAUAAAUACGUCUUUCUUCACUUGAUGGUGAAUGUCUGCCAAAUGAUUUGAUAAUUUGCAAAGGUUUUUCUUUCCGCACAGCAGACAGUCUUUACGCGUUCGCGGCAUCGAGCGAAAUUAUUCCUUUUAUCAAACGGGACGCAGGGACAUUGCUACGGGACGCCCGGGACUUGCUUGCGGGACACUUUGAGUGUGUCCCUAUGUGCGGGACGCACGGGACGUCCUCACGGGACGCAUUUUAACGUGUCCUUGCGUCCCGUAAGACUGUUCUUAUGGCUAGACCCAUAUAGGUUACAUAAAACGAAAUCAAACGCCAUGAACACAUUGUUCUAUUUACCAGUUACAUGAUGUCUUUUCAAUAUAACACUACGCAUCAGUUGCUUCAGUAUCCGACCUUGAAGUCAGCACUGUCUGCUCUUUUGAUUCUGUUAUUGUUGAAGGUAAAUUUUCUGGGAGAACCAACCGCUUUUCAAUGGGUCCAUAAUUCUUAAUUGUCUUGCUAUUGUACCCCAUUUGAAAAUGGCCCUCCAGAUUUAAAUCAUUACGACCAAAGCUAAUGCCAAAUCUGAACAUUUUCUGUCUAUUAUGAUCCUUGUUUCUCUUGACUUUAUCAUCAGUCCUACUAUAGCAAGUGCCCAUGGUUAAAAUAGAUACUGAUACUGCAAGCAACAGCAUGGAAUAAAGAAAAAGCCAACAACACAAUACGUUUUAAAAUUAUAUAUUUCUUAAAUACAUUAUAUGGUUGAAUUGUAUUUUAAUUUACAAACACAGCUAAUGUAGUCCAUGAGAUUGUUUAGAGGAACAGUUCUUUCGAACUCAGAAUAUAUUUGAUGCCAAACAAAACAUGAUAUGUCAAAACGUUUUUCAAAAUAAUCUCUUUGUGUUUCUGAUGGUUCAGGAUACUUUAACAUCUUGCAUGCUUCAACGAUUGCUUGCCACAUCACUUCAUGAUUCAGCAUUGCCAGAGCCUGUUCAGCGUAAUUCAUCCAGCGCUCUUUUUCAUCUAAACAUUCAAUCCGCUGUCCAAACCAGGACCAUUGAUUACCAUCAAUUUCAUCUUGAUUUAUGCGUGUCUCCUCUUCCAGUUUCUGAAUUUGACGGUAUACGAUCUCCGUAAACACGAAAUCAGUAAGUUUUUCAGGAGUGAACAACUCAUAGUCAAUUUCAUCCACAUACAUUUGUCUGAACAAGUGUGCCAUAAUUUUCUUCACGUUUUCUUUUGAGUGACGCAAAGGCAUCUUGCACUGUUAGAUUUUCAAAAUCAUGUCGGGUAUACAAUCUUAUGCGAUGAGCGUAUGAGCACAUGCUCAUAGUUGCUCAUGAGCACAUGCUCACAUGCUCAUCCUGCAUGAACGUGUGAGCACCUGCUCAUAACUGCUCAUGAGCACAUGCUCAUCUGCUCAUAAGACCCGUUUAGUCCCGAAGACUGGGUGUACAUUUUUCGUGGAAGCCACUGCAAAGUUUAUGUACACAAAUGUAUACAUUUUCGUAUUCGCAUGUUUUUUCCAUUUUGAUUUGCACCCGCCUGACCCAUGUAAAAAUGACAAGAAAAGACAAGUAAUUAAAAAGCAAUUUAUUGAAUGACUCACAAUUUACAUGCUGGGUCUAUACUUGUAUGUUUUUACGUGCUAAUACUGUUCGAAUACAUGACUUCAAUCCUAUUAAUCGAGUCUAAUCAUCAUUCUCUUCAUCAUCAUCAUCAUUCUCCUCAUCAAAUUUGUGACCCUUUAAAAGCCUUUUUAUAAGAAACUUUCUCAUAUCAACAGCUGCUUCUAACGCUUCUUCUGGAUCAAAAUCAUCGUUUUCCACAAGUGCAUUUUUUGUGUGCAUAAUCUUCUUAUGAACUGGAUCUUUCUUUAGCUGUUUCAUCCACACGAGACGCUCCAUAUAAAUAUUUUCCAGUUCCUUCUGGAGUUUAGGAAGAAUAUUAGAGUAAGCUUUGUCCUUAGCGGAUUGUUCAUCUAGACCACUGUUGAUAAGGCUUUCUUUCAUUUCCUCAAAUGCUAUAUUACUUAUUUGCUUUGCUUCUUCUAUUAACGGUAUCCAAGGAUCCAUUUCCUCUUCAGUUUCUGACUCAUUAUCAGUCAUCGUCGAAAUUUCAGACACUUCAGUUGAAGUUAUCGAAACGUCGUCUUGAAAAUCCCUUUCCUGGCUAUCCAAGUCCGUUUGAGACAUGUUUCUUUCUUGUGCACCUAGGGGACAGUAUUCCUUUUCGGGUCUUCGUAGAUUGUAACCACGAUUAAAUUGCUUUCCGCAAAAUUGGCAGCUCAUUCCGUUAGCACUGACUGUGCAGAAAUGUCUUGCUAUUGAGCAGUAUUGCAGUUUUAUGAGCAGAUGAGCAUGUGCUCAUGAGCAGUUAUGAGCUUGUGCUCAUACGCACGGGACGUUUCUACGGGACGCCCGGGAUUUGCUUAUGGGACACUUUGAGAAGUGUCCCUAUAUAAAUCGCACUGAUUUUAAGAGCAAAAUGUUGUUGCCAAAGCUACCGCGUUGGUUGACUGCAUGCAUAAAUUAACACAUGGAUUAACAUUUUGUACACACGAUAGUUAUAUCGCACGCAAGAACGCAGAUUAUAGUGUUUCAAACAAUCUAAUUCACAUCACAAUCAAUCAGUCAACAUGCAGUGUAAAGCAGACAUCGUUGGGAUCCUUGACAUGGACGGAUUUCAAAUUGGAAGGAAAUUUUUCUGUAAGGAGUUGGGAGUCAUAAAGGUCGGAGACCCUUGUUACAUGAUAGCAAUUAUUAUGUAUAUAUUUUAUAACAUUUUAUAUUAUACAUUUACAUUUUACUAUAUAUAUUAUAUCAUAGUUUAGUUAUAUUAUAUUUACUUUAAAGAAUUUACCUAUGGGAAAUUGUUUUACGCAUGGGAAUUUCUUUUAACUUAGUCAUGCAUGAGCAAGCAAAUAUUUAGUUACCACAAGUGCGUAAUGGACGGGAACGGUUACCGCAAGAAGAUUGUAAAAAUCUUCCCACGAAAUGACACUGCAAGAAUAAAACGUUCCUCUCUGAACAUAUAUAAGGGAGAGCACAACUCUUAUGCAUUAUUCAUUCAAUAGGCCUCAGCGCCUCAGUUACAUUAUUCAUAGGCCUCAGCGCCUUACGUGAAUAUCAUUUUGGAAAAGCUAUUAUAAAGAAGAUUGUUAAGGAAAGAUUGUUACAAGUUAUAUACGAAAGAGUAUUGAAGUUAAAAAGCGACGUUACGUGAAGAAGACGAAAGAGUUGUGCUCAGUCAGACAGAAAAGAGAUAAGUUGAACUGAUAUAGUUUUAAUUAUAUAGUAAUUGGAUAUAGUAUUAUAAAGACGCUACUUUAAUAUAGCAAGUUAAAGAAAUAAAUAGUUAGAUAAACGUAACUGACUCACACUGAUUCUUUGUUGCGAGAGAAAUCGAACCAAAACGCGGGAAAUAUUAAUAUUAAGGACGACGCUCGUAACAAAAUGGGGGCCCGCCCGGGAAACAACUGAAUCUAAAGAUUGAAUCUGAAUUGAAUUGAGUUCUAUUGAGAGAUAUUAGUAAGAAAUAGAAUUUUAUUAUUGAGAUCGAAUUUCAAGUAAUUGACACAAAAGUCAAAGUUCAAAGCAAAAUUUAAGAAAAUUGGUUUGGAAGAGAAAAAUAAAUUAAAGUCUAAAGUAGCGAAAUUUUACAGUUAUUCAGUGUGAUCCAGUUAUAUUGGGAAUAAUGUCGCACAGGGCGAAAAAACAGAUUUGCACUAGGCUUUGCAACCCGGUGCAAAGGUGCCAUUGCCGUAAUCGCAUCAAAUUUGCAAGGUUGCAAAUAUUUUGGCAAAUUUAGAAACCAAAUUAUGGACGAAAAUACCCACAAAUUCACUUGUGCAAAUGAAAGGUAAUUUGAGCCAAAUUUAUCCUAUACCCAUUCCCUCUCAAAAAAGAGAAUUGUAUUUACCAAUAUGAGGGUAAACAUUUAUUUACCAAUUUGCUUUCCAAAUUUGAACAAUAUUUGCACAAUAGCAAAUUUGAUGCGAUUACGGCAAUGGCACCUUUGCAGGGGGUUGCAAAGUUGGAGCAAAUCUAUUUUUUCGUCCUGUGUCGGAGUUUAAGCCUGAAGAGUUUAUGUUGGAACCUACCGAGGAAAAAUUUGAAAAUCUAAGGAAAGAUGAUCUGAUUGCAUUAAGCAAACAUUUAAACAAGGAGAUUAAAAGUCACAUGCGAAAGCGCGAAAUACAAGAAAUAAUUAUGGAACACUUAGUCCAACAAGAGACAUUCGAACAGUCUGCUUUAGAGAAAUAUAAAAAUACGCAAACUCAGAAUUCAGAAACAAUAAGCGAUAGUCAAGUAACUUUAACCGAGGAAAAUAAUAGGGAUGAGUUAGAAAGAGAGAGGAGACAGUGGCAAAGAGAGCAAGAAGAUAGACAAUGGCAGAGAGAGCAAGAACAGAGAAAGUGGCAAAGAGAGCAAAUGGAAAUGGAAAGAGAAAGAGGGGAGAGAGAGUUUAAAUUAAAACAACAGGAAUUAGAGAUAGAACUAAAAAAGUUAGAAAUACAAGCUCAGGCUGAUAGGUUUUCAGGAACUAGUAAAAGUUCCGUUUUCGAUUUUACAAAACAUAUUAGAAUGGUUCCACCUUUCCAGGAGCGGGAAGUUGACAAGUAUUUUUUACAUUUUGAAAAAGUAGCCAAAAACUGUGCAUGGCCAAAAGAAAAUUGGACUAUGUUGCUUCAAAGCGUGUUGACGGGUAAAGCUCGUAAUGUUUAUUCGGAACUUUCGGCUGAAUUGUCUAGUGAUUAUGACACUGUCAAGGAAUUCAUCCUAAAAGGAUACGAGUUGGUCCCCGAAGCUUAUCGUCAAAAAUUUCGGAACCUUGAGAAAAACAUAAACAAGACUUACGUUCAGUUUGCGCAAGAGAAGGAACAACUUUUUGAUCGCUGGUGUCUUUCGGAAGACAUAAAUAAAGAGUACAAACGUUUACGCGAAUUAAUGCUUCUUGAGGAAUUUAAGAGGUGCAUCAAUAAUGACAUACGUACGUUUAUAAACGAACAGAAGCCAAAAGAUUUGACAGCCGCCGCUCGCUUGGCAGACGAAUAUUCUCUUACACACAAAUUUUCUACCAAUAAAACACAAACUCAGUCUUUUUCUCGCGGCAACAACAAUUCAAAUUCUGAAGGACGACAACCACCUAGGAAUUUUCCUCGCAGUUAUCCGGAAAACUUAAACGGUCUAAAUAACGGUAGAUUUGAGAAACAAAAGUUUCACGAUCAAAAUUUUAAUAACAGACCUCGUUACAUACCACCGCAUCUUAGGCCGCCGGAACAGAAAACACCAUUUAAACCCUUAACCUGUGGGUACUGCCGAGGCGAGGGACACACAAUGACAAAUUGUUUCAAACUGAAAAAUAAAGAAGCAAAAGGACAGCAACAUCCAAAACCGACUGGCUUACUGUCUAACGAUUCAAAUAACAACGACCGGCCAUCUGUUUCUGAUCAAAACCCAUUUGACCACGUUGACCCCAUUAUGAAAGUAUUUCAACCAUUUGUAUUUGACGGCUCAGUUUCUUUUCAGAAUGAUGAAUCGGCGAUUUCACAAAUUAAGAUACUAAGAGACACGGGUGCCUCUCAGUCUUUGGUCUUGACCAACACCCUUCCCUUUUCCAAAGGAUCCUACUCAGGGAAAAAUGCUUUAAUAAAAGGAAUUGAUGCCCAAAAGUAUACGUCAGUUCCAUUGCACAAUAUAAACUUACAGUCGAAAUUAGUUUCAGGGGAAGUCCAAAUAGGCAUUAUAGACUCCCUACCGUUUGACGGAAUUCAUUUAAUACUUGGAAAUGAUCUUGCAGGAAGUAAAGUUAAUGUUGAUCCGAUUUUGAGCGAUAAGCCGAUUAUUUCCCAAAGUCCUGAUCCUAUUGAGGACAUUAUACCAAAUUUAUAUCCAUCGUGUGCCGUUACAAGAGCAAUGGGCAAAAGACAACAAUUAGGUUUAGAGGAUGCGGAUGAGAACAAUAUUUCGGAUACGUUUCUUCCUAAGUUAUUUGAAAAUUCCGAAAACAAUGAAAAAUUUUCAACAUCAAAUCUCAUCACCGAGCAACAAAAUGAUCCUGAUAUUUCAGUAUUGAUUCAAACCGCUCCAGACGAGGCUGACGCAGCAAAGGAUCCCAUUUGUUACUUUAUGAAAAACGGUAUUUUAAUGAGAAAAUGGCGACCUUCCACUGUCCCAGUAAAUGAAGAAUGGCUAGUUCGAUACCAAAUUGUGAUACCUAAAACAUAUCGACCCGAAGUUCUCAGUUUGGCUCAUGAAACACCACUGUCUGGUCAUUUAGGAAUAAAUAAAACGUACCAAAAAAUCAUUACUCAUUUUUACUGGACUGGUAUUCGAAAAGAUGUGGUCGAAUUUUGUAAAACUUGCCACACCUGCCAAGUCGUAGGUAAACCUAACCAGACUAUUCCGAAAGCACCUUUAAAACCGAUACCAGCCUUCGACGAGCCUUUUAGUCGAAUUUUGAUUGAUUGUGUCGGCCCAUUACCAAAAACCAAAAAGGGAAAUCAGUAUUUAUUAACUAUAAUGUGCGCUUCAACCCGUUUUCCGGAAGCUAUACCAUUAAGAAAUAUCAAAACUAAAACAAUUGUUCAAGCAUUGACAAAAUUUUUUACUUUGGUCGGUCUUCCAAAAUCUAUUCAAUCGGAUCAAGGAUCAAAUUUUAUGUCGGGUAUUUUCCAACAAGUAAUGCACGAAUUAAAAAUAAAGCAAUAUAAGUCGACCGCUUACCAUCCCGAGAGCCAAGGUGCACUUGAACGAUUCCACCAAACUCUUAAACGCAUGAUGCGAACCUACUGCCUGGAAACCGAAAAAGACUGGGACGAUGGCGUCCAUUUACUUUUGUUCGCAGCCAGGGAAUCAGUUCAGGAAUCAUUAGGUUUUAGUCCUUUCGAGCUAGUUUUCGGUCACACAGUUAGGGGGCCUCUUAAUCUUUUAAAGGAAAAGUUACUUUCUGCCAGUGGAAAUUCAUUAGACCUUUCACAGUAUGUUUCGGACUUUCGAACAAAAUUGUCUAAAGCAUGCGAAUUAGCCAAAGCAAACCUCCAGUCGGCCCAAAAAUGCAUGAAGAAUCAGUACGACAAAAAUUGUGUCAGUCGUACAUUUCAGCCGGGUGAUAAGGUUCUUGCGUUACUUCCUGUCCCUGGAAAUACACUUCAAGCACGGUAUUUUGGCCCCUACCUCGUAGAAAAGAAAGAGAAUGAUUUAAAUUAUGUCAUAGUUACCCCCGAUAGACGUAAGAAUAAGCAGUUAUGUCAUGUAAAUAUGCUAAAAUCAUAUUAUGAGAGAAAGAAUGGUGUGCAGGUAGUUAACGUCAUAGAUGUAGAAAAUACUAAUAUAGAAGAUACAACCGAACUCUUCAAUCUGUCUGAGUCAACUAAACUCCAUAACUCUGAUGUUCUUCGCAAUAUGGAUACAAAGUUAAGCCACCUAAGUGAAUCUCAACGAAGAGACAUCGAAGUUUUAGUACAGGAAUACCAAUGCUUAUUUCCAGACGUACCCUCCAGGACAGACCAUAUUGCCCACGACGUAGAGAUCAACGAUGCGCCACAUAUCAAACAACACCCAUACCGUCUAAACCCAACGAAGCAAAAACACCUCGAAGCAGAAAUCGAGUACCUCCUCGAGAAUGAUUUCAUCGAACCAAGCCAAAGUAGCUGGAGUUCACCUUGUUUGUUAGUUCCCAAACCUGAUGGUAGUUAUAGGAUGUGCACGGACUAUAGAAAACUUAAUAAUGUGACGAAGGCGGAUACGUAUCCCAUUCCGCGGAUUGAUGAUUGUGUUGACAAAAUUGGAACUGCAAAAUACGUCUCCAAGUUUGAUUUAUUGAAAGGUUUCUGGCAGAUUCCACUUACUGAACGUGCGAAAGAGGUCUCAGCAUUCGUGACUCCGAAAGGUCUCUACCAAUAUAAAGUGAUGCCUUUUGGCAUGCGUAAUUCGCCAGCGACCUUCCAACGGCUGAUAAAUAAUGUUAUCGCGGAGAUCGAAGGUUGCGAAGGUUACAUUGACGACGUAAUAAUAUACAGUGAUACGUGGGAAGAACAUUUGAAGAUUAUGCGGAAAUUCUUUAAACGACUCAGCGACGCGAAGCUAACGAUCAAUUUAUUAAAGAGUGAGUUUGGGUGUGGUCAUGUCACCUACUUAGGACAUAUCGUCGGGCAAGGUCAAGUGAAGCCUGUCGAAGCAAAGGUCGAAGCCAUCUCGAUGUUUCCUCAACCGGCGUCGAAAAAACACGUGAUGCGUUUUCUCGGUAUGGCAGGUUAUUACCCGAAGUUCUGCCCAAAUUUUUCUGCUAUCACGGAGCCUUUAACUCGGUUGCUGCAAAAGAACGCCAAGUUUUAUUGGACUGAACAAUGCCAGUUUGCUUUUGAGCAACUCAAGGUAAUGUUGCAACGUGUUCCUGUUUUGUCUGCACCUGACUUCACACGCCCAUUCAAGUUAGCUGUUGAUGCAAGUGAUGUUGCAGCUGGUGGUGUAUUACUCCAAGAAGACCAAGAUGGAAUUGACCAUCCGGUAUGUUAUUUUUCAAGAAAAUUCAAUAAAAGUCAGAAAAAUUAUUCCACCAUUGAAAAAGAAUGUCUUGCCCUUAUUCUCGCCCUGCAACACUUUAAUGUUUAUGUUUCCUCCCCCGAAGUUCCCCUCAUCGUGUACACUGACCACAAUCUCCUUGUGUUCCUCCACAAGUUAAAGGAUAAGAAUCAACGUUUGUUGCGAUGGAGCUUGAUUCUUUCUGAGUACAAUAUGGUCAUAAACCAUAUCAAAGGACGAGAUAACUUGAUCGCGGACUGUCUCUCAAGACCAUGAACAUAUUCCAUGAGAAAUUGAAAGAAAGUCUAUCAACUUUCUUUUCUUCAAGGAGGGUGUUACAUGAUAGCAAUUAUCAUGUAUAUAUUUUAUAACAUUUUAUAUUAUACAUUUACAUUUUACUAUAUAUAUUAUAUCAUAGUUUAGUUAUAUUAUAUUUACUCUAAAGAAUUUACCUAUGGGAAAUUGUUUUACGCAUGGGAAUUUCUUUUAACUUAGUCAUGCAUGAGCAAGCAAAUAUUUAGUUACCACAAGUGCGUAAUGGACGGGAACGGUUACCGCAAGAAGAUUGUAAAAAUCUUCCCACGAAAUGACACUGCAAGAAUAAAACGUUCCUCUCUGAACAUAUAUAAGGGAGAGCACAACUCUUAUGCAUUAUUCAUUCAAUAGGCCUCAGCGCCUCAGUUACAUUAUUCAUAGGCCUUAGCGCCUUACGUGAAUAUCAUUUUGGAAAAGCUAUUAUAAAGAAGAUUGUUAAGGAAAGAUUGUUACAAGUUAUAUACGAAAGAGUAUUGAAGUUAAAAAGCGACGUUACGUGAAGAAGACGAAAGAGUUGUGCUCAGUCAGACAGAAAAGAGAUAAGUUGAACUGAUAUAGUUUUAAUUAUAUAGUAAUUGGAUAUAGUAUUAUAAAGACGCUACUUUAAUAUAGCAAGUUAAAGAAAUAAAUAGUUAGAUAAACGUAACUGACUCACACUGAUUCUUUGUUGCGAGAGAAAUCGAACCAAAACGCGGGAAAUAUUAAUAUUAAGGACCACGCUCGUAACAACCCUGAAGCCUCGUCGUUCUUUUUCGAUAUUGGUUUACACUGGAACAAGCUCAACGAGAAAGACAAGAGAAUGUGUAACUUCGUCCAGAAGAAUAUACAUAAACUCCCGUUUGGAGUGCCACGGGGCACUAAAGCAUUUCAAAUUUCGGACUUGCAGGCAAUUGUAGAGAAUUUCUACCGUGAAAUACAGAUAGAUUCAAACUCUACAAUUGCCUUCAAAGGCGGACAUUAUGAAAGGGACUUGCUGGCGAGUCUCCGUAUUCCGGCCGUAAAUUUGGAAUGCUUUAAUUGUCCCAAAGCUGAAAAACUAUUUGAUCAACUGAUCUGGUUAGAAACCUGCGGGAACCACCUGGAAAGCAACGCUUAUCAACACUGCCCAAAAGUCGAAGUCGAAGCCUUUGCGAUGUGGCUGCAACAGUAAAGACAAACACAAAACACCGGUUCUUUUAAGAACCCUAAAUUUUAUAAAAAGAAUAAAAACGAAACUCGUUUAUUAACAUAUUUACACUGAAUCUCUAAGUUUACUUCUCAAAUAUUCCACAUAUGCCUUAUAAUGAUCCUCUUCAUGACUUCUAAAUUGCUCGCCUGUCGCUUUCACAGUAUACUUAAAACUAGGGGGCAUCGAAAAAAAGACCGGAGCCCCAGGUUCAAGCGGGUCAUCACGACAAUCCUCUUUCCAGCUAGAAAUUUCGUCUAAAAGUUUAUCCUCUCUCCAGUAUGAAAGAUAGUUCAAAAUUGACUCAAAUUCACUAUCCUCGGUGUUUUCACGAAGAUCCAUCAGCGAGUAAACAAACGUUGAAUCAGGACUUUUCUCCAAAUUGUCAAAGUGCUCUCGAACAUCUUUAUGAUACUGUAACUUCAUCACUCAAAUAGCCCCAACAAACUCCCUCCAAACCAUACGCUUAACAAUCACUCGCUCUAUGGCUUCCAAACCAUACGAUUGCCAUCUCUCUUGUUCUGAUAACAUGAGACAGUCAUGCUGGCGCUGACUCGGAUGGUCGUACUCACAACCACAACAUCUCUCUUUAGCAAGUUUACCAACUUCGUAAGCAACAGCCUCUGCAUAUAUAGCCUCUAACAAACUAAAAAACCUUUUAUAGUCCGAGGACGAAACUUCGUCUGCAUGAACACUGUUGGCCCAAUUCGAUUGCUCAAAAUUUUGUAAAAAAUUCAUUUUCAAAGGCUUAGUAUGCAAUGAUGUCAGUGAAUAAACGCGCAGUCUCUUUUAUAGACGUGUGCAAUACAAUGAAUUAAUGCUUACAAUUAAACCGGAUACAUACCGUUGAACGUUCAUACUUUAUAAUUUACGCGGGAAUAGCUGAACGUUCAUACUUAUAAUAAAUUAUGCGGCAAUAGUUGAACGUUCAUACUUGAUAAUUUAUGCGGGUAUUUUCGGUAAUGUCAUUGAUGAUAUGACGUCAUACAUACAUUCGCUUGAAUACUAAUUACUCCCGUACCCAUAUGGGGGGGGGGGGGUUACCUACUCCUGGUUUACUUCAUAAGAUUUAUUCACCACAAACUUGUUUCGUAUGACAAGCAAUGCUUGCCACACUCAUCAGGUGAAUUUAAAUGUUGCGCUAUGUUGUUGCCAAGGUUAUAUAUACUAUAUACAUGUUUGACGUAAACGGAAUGUUCAAGUAUUAAAUUACGUAUAGAUUAUAUAUAUAUAUAUAUAUGUAUAUAUAUAUAUAUAUAUAUAUAUAUACAGAUUAUAUUAAGUAAUUUAUAUUGCUGAGUGUGGCAAGCAUUGCUUGUCAUACGAAACAAGUUUGUAGUGAAUAAAUCUUAUGAACCAACAAUAAGAUGAUGGAUGUGGGACACAUAAAUUAUAUAUACGACAAGAAUGCCAUUCAACCUAAUACACUGUAAAAACUGAUUGAUCGAAAUGACAAAAAAAAUUGGUCACCUGGAUCCAUCUGAGAGAACCAUUUGAAAAUGGUCGUUUUAACCAAUAAAAUUAGCCAUUAAUUAAUGGAUCAUUUCAACCAAAAAUAUUUGGUUAUAUUAACCAAUUAUUAUUGGUUGAAAUGACCAAUUAAUUAAUUGUUAAUUUUAUUGGUUAAAACGAGCGUUUUUAAUUGAUUCUCUGACAUAGAUCCAGGUGCCCAAUUUUUUUUGUCAUUUUGACCAAUUUUUUUUGUCAUUUCGACCAAUUAGUUGUCACAACCUAUUCACUGCAUUAAAAUGUAGAAAAUUUUAAGCCAUACAUCACUGAACAUAUAUACAUGGAAUUUAAUAAAAAAUAUAUCAAUACAAUAUAUAAUAAGACGAUUAAAUAAGCUACAGCUACCGGUACCUGUAUUAUAUAAUGCAUGCAAUCAUUGAGAAAUUGUAGACAAAAUGAUUCCUACAUAUUGGAGUAAGAAAAGGACUUAACUAACCUUAGAAAUCAAUGUGUUUCUUAGAACUAUGUGAGAGCAAUUACAAAGAAAUACAAUUACUUUGCCAAGUGGUUAUAUUACUACCUGAAAAAAAACAGGUAGAAACCACAGGGGGUCCAACUAACAGCUGUGUUAUGAAUAAAACAUAUUAAUUAAACGUAAUAUGAAUAAAACAUCAUAACGUAAUAUUGCACUUACUUGUAUAAAUCAUAAGAGCUUGUAUUUUAAUACAGUGAAUAGCUUCAAAAACUUGCUUCGUUCCAAAGACUUCAAAUAUGGCGAAUAAAUUGACAAAACGAUAAUAUUACAUGACGUUCCAACGAAAAUAACAGAAAGGAUUGCGGGCGCGAGCGGAAAGGCGAGGAAAGAAAUAAAUAGAAGGAUGAAACAAAUAUCACGUGACUUUUUAAAAUGCUUCUAGACUAUCCGUUUAAGCUUUUUGUGGGGUUUUUAAGGCUCAGUCGAUGUUCUCUUACAUGAACAAGCCUAGUCAUUACCAAAAAAGCACUGAUCAAUCUAAUUUAUGUGAUUUAUAACAGCGAGCAUUCUUGGCCAUUAUCGCGAGAUGUGUUCCAUAAGUAGCCUGUUCUCGUGACGUAUGACGAAAUAAUAAUAAAACUAAAUAAUGUAAAAAAAAACGUUGGUCGCUACAUUUAAACAUUUCAUAUUAGCCGGUAUAGCUAAACAUUGUUUAUUUUCAUUAAUUAAGCGCGUAGGCGUUGUUGGAGUUGGCAGGAGGCGUUUUGGAAUUUUCCGAGAGAACAGGCUACUUAUGGAACACAUCACACGAUCGCAUUACCGGUGUUUCAUCCCUUCUAUUAAUAUAUAUUACCCUCGCCUUCCGCUCGCGCCCGCAAUCCUUUCUGUUAUUUUCGUUGGAACGUCAUGUAAUAUUAUCGUUUUGUCAAUUUAUUCGCCAUAUUUGAAGUCUUUGGAACGAAGCAAGUUUUUGAAGCUAUUCACUGUAUUAAAAUGCAAGCUCUUAUGAUUUAUACAAGUAAGUGCAAUAUUACGUUAUGAUGUUUUAUUCAUAUUACGUUUAAUUAAUAUGUUUUAUUCAUAACACAGCUGUUAGUUGGACCCCCUGUGUAGAAACUCGACGUUUCGGGCGAAGGGCUUUCGCUCAAAACGUUAAGUUCUGCUUGUUUUUUCAGGUAGUAAUAUAAUCACUGAGCACUGGUGGCAAUUUCACAUUGGUACUACCCACACAUGGUACUGGUACAGACAGUUUUUAAUAAAUUACAAGCCUGCCGACAUGUAUUGAACAUGCAGCUCUGCAAUUUUAUCUUAGCUAGCCCUCUGACUUAAGGAGUCAUUUUGCCAAGAUGUAACCAUAACUUGCUGUAUAUAUACAAUGGUGGUGUCAUUGGUAGUAUAUUAAAUAAACUGGGAUGACACUGGUAUUCUAUACAUGAACUCUUGGUUAGCUUGAUGGACUCUCGGGGCUUGAACUCUCAGGGCUUGAUGGACUCUCGGCUGUUAGGGAACUGUUCAGAACCACAGGGCAGCAGGUUCCAUUCCCGGCACAAUACAUAUUAGAUACACUGAAUAUUAGUUAUUGUUCAAAAUUUCCAUCUACAGAAAUUAGGUUUUAACCCAUUGAAUGGCAGGACUCUCUCCUUCAUGAGUAAAAUUGAUGGAUUAGACAGAAAAAUAAUACGAUAGAGCAAAUUAGCGCAUAAAAGGUUAACAUUCUCUUCAAUUUAGAAUAUUUACAGGUAUAAUAUACCUGUACUGCAUGUAGUGUCACUGCUCAAUCAUACAUAUCAUACAAGUCCAUUAGUUAAAACUUAAAAGUACAAGCUUCAUACCACAAGUCAGCAACCCCAUUCCUUGUGUGGUUUGUUAAUCCAUUAACAUACUCUCCAGCAAAAGAAUAACAUUUUCCAAAUAGAGCAUGAAGUACUUAGAAUGCCAUUAAUGAAUAUAUAUAUUGCCACUUGUUUAGACAACUUGCCUUCUCCUGGGAAGCUUUUAUUAAUUAAUAACUUUUCAUUCAGCAUCAGGAUAUAUAAUGAAUCCAUAUUAAGUACAAUCUCUAUUAAGAAAACUGUGUAAAAUUUAUUAAGGUUGAUAUAUAAUGGUAGCAAAUUAUGAUUGAUUGACAAUGAAUUUCCUAUUUUAGGUUAGUAAUAAAUAUACAAAGCAAGAAAUACAAAAUUCAACUGCUUUUAUUGUUUAAUGUAAGCAUACAAUUGACGUAACAUCUAAAUCUUGGAAUAUAACUAUUCUGGUAAAGGGUGUUUAAAAUACUGGGGCAUAAUAACUGUUUUUUCCAAUAUUCCUAAUUGAAAAAUAUCUAUAUAAUCCAGCCAGGUAGAUUUAGUGGCUGUUUAUAUAAGGUGAUGGUGGCACCUGUGUACCUGAGCUUGUGGGGCGCAUUGCAGCUCAAUGGAUUACAUUUCGAAACUGUCUGCAAAAGUACACUGUUAAUUUCGGGGAGUUAAUUUAACUCCGGUGGAGUUAUACUGUACCUCAAUGAACUCCAAAUGUGGACUAAAAUUAGGUUCAAAAUAAUACCACUGGAGUUAAAUUAACUCCCCGAAAUGUACAGUGUAUGAUGUCGGUUUACUUUAUUGGAAAAUGUGCUUCUAUGAUACAACUCAGUCUGGGUGAUUUGUUUUGGCAAGCCUGUCCAUCUAAAGAGGCUCAUGUAAACAGGCAUUCAUUCAGCCAAAGCGAGCUAUAGCCAGGAUAGUUACCUAGGCUGGCUUGCCUCUAAAUAAGCAGCCCCAUACACAUGUUUUAGGCUGACUGAUAGAAGGGUUACCAUUAUGAUAGGAAGUACAUGGCAUACAAUGGGUAAUAUUGGGAAAUGCUGUCUACAUGCUAUUAAUGUGAAUAUGGUGGCACCACAGUGUGGGUAGCACCAAUGUGAAAAGGCUGUGCCGAGUGGUUAUAUUACUACCUUAAAAAGCAAGCAAAAUCUCGACGUUUCGAAUGAAAGCCCUUCGUCAUGAGUUUAUGCAUUCGUCAUAGUGUAUAUGCAUUUCAAACAAAUCACACAUAUAUAAAAGUAUACAUGUCAACUUAGCAAAUACUUAACAGAAAAUACAAUAUACAUGUAUAUUAUUAUUAAUUUUUUGCCCACAAAAUACAUACAAGUAGUAAAAAAAUAAUUACAGUAGAAUAAUGGGCUAGGGACCUUUGGAAACCCUGUUGGACUUCUAUAGUAAGGUCCCUACUAACUUUAGUAUUCUAGUGAUAAAAGACUAUGAAAGAAGAAAUUAUAUACAAGCAGAAACUCAUAUUUACAACAAAUUGAAAGAUGAAAAAAUACUAAGAAAUAAAAUAGUAGAUUGCUAUCAUUAGUGUUCCCAAGGUUAUUGCUAAGGUUUUUAUAAUUUAUUUACAUUAAUUAGAUAAUAAGUAAAGGGAUUUUGCUUUUCUCUUAAAAGAAAAAUAAGUUUUAGUAUUUUUAAUUUCGUCAUCAAGAAAAUUCCAUAAAGAAAUUCCUUUGUUAAAUACAUUAUAUAUACGGUAGUUUGUUUAUUUAUAACUCACAUGUAACUUGGUAGAAUUUCGUGUAUUAUAGUUGUGUACAUCGAUAUUUUAUUUGAAGUAAUCAUUAUAAACGUCCGGCAAAUUUUGACAAUAGUAGCGACAAUACAUGAAUAAACUACAUAAAUAAUCAUUGAUUUGGUAGAUGUUCAAGACUUUCAAAUCCAAACAUAGUGGUUUUGAAUGUUCCAUAUAGGAUUUAAGAGAGGCUGUCUGUAAAUAUCGCCUAUGUCGUGCAGAAUGUGAAUAUCAAAAUCGCUCAAACUUAGUUUUAAAUAUGUCAAUGAUCUUCCAAACUGUUUGGAAAAUUCACAUGCCGCAAUGUAUGCUGAUGACACAAAUAUAACUGUUGGUUGAGAUGGUCUUAAUAAUUUGGAAAAAACCCUCAAUCAUGAAAUGAGCAAUAUUCAUCAAUGGCUCGUCUCAAACAAAUUAACAUUAAACGUAGAAAAAACAAAUUAACAUUAAACGUAGAAAAAACAGAGUAUAUGGUCAUUGGAACUCACAAAAGAUUGAGUAGAUUUUUGCAAGAUAUCACAGUGUCCAUUGAUGGCAAAGUAAUUAAACAAGUAAACUCAAAGAAAACUUUGGGCGUUAUAAUUGAUGAAAAUUUAUGCUGGGACAAGCAAAUUGAGAACAUCAGUAAAAAAGUUUCAAAAGGCAUUGGCAUGUUACGCCGAAUUAAACCACUUGUUUCAAUUGGAACUCUUACCUAUCUCUAUCAAGCUUUGGUUCAACCAAGUUUUGAUUACUGUUCAAUGGUUUGAGGUAACUGUGGCAGAACCUUAAAAGGGAUGUUACAGAGACUCCAAAACCGAGCGGCAAGGGUUAUUUCAGGCGACUCAUGAAGUACGCUCCCUUGACAUUUUGAGCAAACUGAACUGGAAAACGUUAGAUGAAAGGCGAAAUGAGCAGCAAUUAAAAUGUGUAUCUAAGGCUCUUGCAUGCCAAUGCCCUGAAAACAUUUCGAACAUGUUUAUAAUGUCCAAUUCUAAACGAUACGACUUAAGAAGCAACAAUAGCAAGCUUGUACUAGCGAAAUCAAAAACUAAUUCUUUGAAAAGAACAUUCAGAUAUGCUGCUGCUAAAGUCUGGAACCAAAGUGUCAGUUAAUAUAGUAUAGUAACUGCAUUUUUUACACUUUUUGGGAGGGCUUCAUUAGGGGGAGGAGGGGUAGUCAGUUAAAUAAAUAUAGUAACUGUAUCUUUUACACUUUUUGAGAGGGGUUCUCUGGGGGAAGGAGGGGGCGUUGUAGUUUGUGUUCAUCACGGCCUAAUGAAAAGCAACCUUUCGAUUUGUAAAUAUUUUAAUACUGGUUGAUUAGUCACCGUGUUUAAAGAUGUUUUUAAUAAAUAUAAAUAAUAAAGUCAUUAGCGCACUGCAGCCGUUUGACUUCAAAAAAGCUGAAGAACGACACGAACUUCAGUUAAUGUACAGUUAUUCUCACAUUACUUUGCUAUCUAUUUAGCUAACAAGAUUAUAUUUAAAUUAUAAUCGGCUAUUUUUCAAGGCAAUUAAUUCAUUUUGCUGCUUUGCGUAAACAGCCGUUUUGGAGCAAUUCGACCUUUCCAUUACUCGCUCAAACUCCUGAAAUUUUGUAUGGCCCAAAAAUGUUAUUUCAUUUAUCGAAAGAUCAGUCCUUGCUGAAAACAUUGGUAUAAUGUUCAUGUUCUCAUUCGAGGUAUCAGUGGCGAUAUAUGGAUUUUAAUCGGACAUAGUGUAUAAUUGCGUAAAACAAGCGACAAGUUGAAAAAUCGAUAAAAUAUUCAAAUCUAGAUCAAAUUCGACUUUGAUGGCUUCUACUUGUACGUUAGUGCUUGUGUUUUAUGAAAACUAAGUUUAAAUGUGCAGUACUUUUGAUUUACCAGCGUAAACAAGCUCAAUCUGAAGUAGUUUGUAUAUCGCCCUGAAAAUAGGCCCAUCUGCCGUGAGAACACAAAUAUCGACUUCUCGUUAAAAAUAUUUUUCGAAUCAGAGUUAAACACAUUUUUAUCUUAUCAGGUCCAACUAACUUACAUUUUGACAAAGUUUGAGCAAUUUUGAUUUUCACGUUCUGCACGACAUAGGUGAUAUUUACAGACAGCCUCUCUUAAAACUAAUUAGUCAAACAAUUUUCUUUUGCACAUUCAGUAACUUUUGAAGCCUGGUUUGGGUAUUUCCCCAAACUAGAUUUCCGUACGUGAGGUAUGGAUAGACUAAAGCAUAAUAUACCAAUUUCAAACUGUUUUUGUUAGUAAAAUGUCUUAAUUUUGCAAUCAAACCCGCGGAUUUUAUUACAUUUUUCUGAACUGAGCUAAUGUGGUUCUUUCAUGAAAAAUGGUGGUCAAUUAAUACGCCCAAAAACUUUACAUAAGAUGCUUGUUUAAUAAUAUUAUUAUUUAUUUUGAGAGUAUAAUUUCUUGAUUCAAUGAUAUAUUUCUUGAUUUAAAAAUGAUAAAUUUUGUUUUGGAUGGGUUGAUUGAUAAUUUAUUGGCAUUUAGCCAUGCCACUAUUUUAUUCAUUUCAUUUUGUAUAAUGUCAGCUAAUGUUUUUAAACAUGAAUUUGAACAAAGAACAUUUGUAUCAUCAGCAUAUAAAACAAAAGAAAGGAUGUUACUACAAUUUUCAAUAUCGUUUAUGUAUAUUAGAAAUAAGAGUGGUCCAACUACUGAACCCUGUGGAACUCCAGUCGUAACAUUCAUUUCAUUUGACCUAUGUUGCUUAUAUUUGACAAUUUGGCUUCUUUCCUGUAAAUAAUUUGUAAACCACUGUAGACAUAUUCCUCUAAUUCCGUAGUGUUCAAGUUUUUUAUUAGAAAUUCGUGAUUCACUGUGUCAAAGGCUUUAGAAAAAUCAAGGAAAAUACCUAGUAUUGCAUAUAUACCUUCGUCCAUUGCUUUCAAAAUCUUAUCGGUUAGCUCAAGAAUGGCAUGUUCAGUUGAUUUAUUCCUUCUAAAACCAAAUUGAUGUUCCAAAAGUAUUUUAUGUUUCUCAGCAUAGUUAUAUAGUCGUUUGUACAUAAGUUUUUCAAGUAAUUUAGAAAAACAAGUUAAAACCGAUAUAGGUCUAUAAUUUUCAAAAAGAUUAUUUCCAUUAGCUUUAUAAAUAUCACAGGACGAAAAGCGCACCUUUAAUAUGCUAUUAAAGUAGGAUUAAUGGUGUAUUUUAUUCGUGUUUAGUCGCACUUAAUGCGUUUUAUUAAAGAGAUUAAAGGUGCGUUUUAACACCUUUAGUUCGUUGCAUUAAGUGUAUUAACGACCACAUUAAUACGCAGAGAUUAAAGUUCAAUAAAGGAUACUAAGUGUGCAUUUAAUUCGGCCGAUUAAAGACCGAUAAAAUGCGGUUAAAGAUGUAUUUAUUCGCCUUUAAUAUUGGUAGAAUUGUUGAUUAAAGACAACUUUAAUCAUACAAAAAUGUGUUGCUUAUGGGUUAUUAAAGGUAAAUUUAAUCAGUUGAUUAAAGACCGCUUAAAGCGAUAUAAAGAAUGAAUUAAUCACAUUUCAUACAUUGAUUAAACUUUGUGUAAGUGCCAUUUUAGUUCUAUUUAGUCGCUCUAUUAUAUUUGCAAUAAGUUGCAUCGCUUGUGACGUUGGGCUUUUUAUUGCGCUUUUUAAAUUGAAAAUCUCGAAUUUGUGUCAUAUUUUCUGACAAUACAGUAUUAUUUAUGGAUCAUGAUUACAAAAACCCUGUCUUGCUUGCAUGACUCAAGGUACAUGCUUCGGUAAUUAUUAUAAGAACAUGUAAAAAUCAGAGUAAUCAUUUGUAAUGAUGAAAUGCAACAUUAACUCAAAUAUACAACACGCGUUCAUCUUUAAAAUAAAUUUAUUAUAACAUAUACAUAUACUACACCCGUUCAUGUAUGAAAAUGAAACUAAAAUUAUAUAUCGAACUGAACAUUUAUAAUAAGCCCAGACUAAUCCUUUCUCGCAUAGCGUUCGCACGUACGAUAUUGUCAUCCGUUUACAAGGAAAUAUAGAAAACACUAUACGAAAACGGAUUUGUGCGGACAAAGAUCCAGUAUAAAAACGGAACCUAAAAUUAUCACGUUUUGAGAUUGGCUUUGUAAGAUAAAAGUGACUAAUGUUUGUGACUCGUUCUUUAGAAAAUUCUUUUCAACUGGCAAAAAUUGUUGCCAAUUUAUGUACAAUACACUGUAAAUUUCAAGGAGUCUGUAUAAUAACUGUAAAAUGUUAUUCUGUAGUCGUUUUAGACCUUUUUGGUUACAAAAUAAAACAUUUUGAGUUGCUUGAACUCCUUGAAAUUUACAGUGUACACAGCUAAAUUCACUUAUAUUGCCCUGGAAACGGUAAAAGGCAAUUAAGACUAAAACAUGCAGAGCGGGCAAAGCCAAGCGAAUGAUGCAAAUCCUUAAAUUUUUAGCGCUGCAUGGUCCUGACUGGUAGCUGUUUCAUAAUGUAUUUCAAGUAAAUAACGAGCUCAUUCCCUCUAUAAAGUGGCGGAUUUGUGUCAACAUCUGCGACUUGCGCUGGUCCAUUUUCAACCUCAUAUGUGCCCAAUCUGCAUGGACAGUUGGCCGUGUUCGCUGGUUUGCCAGGUUCGAUGGUUCCCCUUGCUAUUAUGAGUCAUGACUCUCCUUGAUAGUCCAGGCAGAAAAUCCUAGUGAUUCUUUAUCGAUUCUUCUUUGCUUUCCCAGGCAAACUUUCGCACGUUGUACUGUUUCACCCUAUAAGUUUCUUCGUCCAUCUAGCUCACUUUUGUCGGAUGACAUGUACUCCAUCGUCGGAAGCCAUCUGCCACCUUUGACACUCUUUCCUGGCUCCAGUUAACUUUAUUAAGAUGUUUGAAUGUUCUUGCCAGUUUCUAAAAAUGAACACAGAUAAUAUUAGCAACAUUAUAUUGUAUGCAUGGUAACAGCUAAUUGAAAAAAGGUUAUCUUCGAAAACCUUAAACUCUGGGUUUAGGGCUUUUGAUUUGGCAAAUAAUCCUAUAGUCUGCUGCUAUAGUUGUACAUUAUACUGCUUAUGAUCUAUCUAUCUUGUCAUAGUUACAAUACAAAAUCCGCAAGUUUUAGGCCUAAGGCUAAGCAAGAUAGGCCGGUAAGCAAGAUCUCGCUCACACUGUGUAGUUAUUUUUAUAGUAAAAAUUGCUGCGCAUUUAUAUAGACAAGCGGGCUGCCAGAGGCGAGAGAGGCGAGAUCUCGCUUACUGGGAUGGAAAUUUAUGCAUCUAAACACUCACGAGCGGGGUAUAGGCCGUUUUCCAGGAUGAAAGUUCAAAUAUACCGCCGCAAGCUAUUUCUAACUUACUGUCAAAACCAUAAAAUAUAUCAAACAGAAUAACAAAAUUGUUCCCGGCAAGCGGGAUGAAUUUUUCUCAUAUAAACACAAGAGAAAUUCAUCCCGCAUCUCGUACUGUCUGCAGGACAGUCUGGCUUCUAUAUAUGCAUGAACAGGAUACGAAGGCAUUACCGUAUUGAGGCACUCGAAUGUAUGAAAUUAAUACUGGCAAUUUUAAGAAGCAGGUAAUAAUCAGUUGCAUAUAAUAUAAUAUAAUUUAAAGACUAAUUCGGUGAAUCCAUUGUGCUGUAUUUAGCUAAAAAAUACUGGACUGACUGGACUAUACAGUGAUAUAUGUAUAUGUCAUUGAUUUUCAAAAUGAUUUCAAAUUUGGAGCCAAUAUUUCAAAUAAACUGUAUUUAUAUAACGGUCAAAUGGACAAAGUUUUUUUUAUAUCCAUAUACUGUACGAAGCAAUGAUGCAUUGUCUGACAAUUGUAAACGGAAAUAUACACUGUAUAAAUAAACGUUUCACAUGUACUUACAUUGCAAGCCUUGCCUUUGGGCACUCUCUGUAUAUUUUUCCCGUUUGUCUGAGUGUCUGACUCGUCUCUCAGAAUAAGAUCGAGUGAUGAUAUCCAUCUUCUCGUUGAAAUUCUUCAGCGCGUUCUCAUUCCCUAUUUCCCUGUACUUGUAUUGGCUAUUAUUUUGUUCUCUAAGGAGCUUGUUUUCCUCUACGAUAUUUUGCAACAACAAAACAUACUGGUCCAGUCAUAUCAAAAUUACAGCUAGCAAGUAUCGAACUGUGACUGUGACAGCUAUAAAGGCCAGACGUUUAUUGUAAAAGCAACGGGAAUUGGACUUCGAACUAUUGUUCACAGUCGGAAUCUUUCGUAGUAUCAGAUUUCUUCUCUACACUAGGGAGGUCACCCACGUACAAAUCAAAUCAGCCUUCGUCCAAAAAGCAACGAGCAAAGUAAAAUUGGGCUUGUUAACAUAUAAUUGAGUAAUUCGCAAAUUGAUUCCAUCCAUAGUUCUUCUAUAAUCGUAAACGGCUUAUGUUUACACCGUCAGAUCGAGGUUUUAUUACACAGCCUACAGGGGAUCUGUUACCCGACCGGGAAAAGUUUAAAAUAGCGCGCGCGGGAAUAUAGCAUUCAAAUUAUACCUACAUAGAACCUCGCAGCGACAGUUUAAUACAACAACCUUCAAUUCUGUAAAGCUUUUGGUGGUAUACCUUGCGCAAAGCCGGUUGAAAUGGCGCAUUUUAACCAGCAUUCCCACACAGCGAGUGGCGCACUUGCUACCAGUGGAAUGCGCAAUCUUCUGGAAGCUAUAAUCCCAGUGCCUCCAUAAGCUGAACAGAAUUGUCAAUUGUCUACCUACAAAAUAGCGACGUCUCAAUACCGAAUUACACCGAGGAACGACGUCUUAAACGCAACAGACGUAAUGAAAGUUUGUGCCGAGAAAGAGUUUGGAAAUGCCAAACAAAGGCGUCUCACGAAUAAAAUAAAGAGUCAGAUUGAGAACGAGACCAAGGCCGUAUAUCUCAGCAACGAUCGAGGGCAGUGUAUUAUGACCUAUUAGGGACCGGUCAUUAUUUAUGGAAGGGGGGGGGGGAGAAAAAAUAAGGGGGGGCCAUAUGUAGAAAUAAAUGACAAGAAGGGGGGGCUAUUAAAUUUUUUCAAGAAAAUGACGGGGGGGGGGGGUUGCAAUUAAAUUUGAAGAAAUUUGCUUAAUAACCUGGUAUCCAUUUGGUUGUAAAUGUUGCAACUAAAUCAUGGUCACUGAUGUGAAAUAGUCUGGAUUCAUCUUGUCUUGUGUGUGCUGUAUGCAAAUCAGAUUUAUGGUUUGCAGACUAGUUAAAUUGACAAUGUAUUAUUACAUCAGCUCUUGAUGUGGUUAAAUACAUUUAAAUUAAGCAAGGUUAACGGCGGAUGUAUUAUGCAGGCCACAUCCGCUGAGGGGAGUCUGUGACGUCAUAUCGAUCAAAGGGGGUUGUUUCAUGCCUUGUGAUCAGUGCUUCGGUCUGGGUAUUCAUUCUGCCAUUGUAUGCUUUGCCUAGCUGCAGCAAGUUAAAGUUUUGCGCUUCGAUAUCUUUUCACCCACCCACCCACCCACCCAUGUUCAUUCUAAAGGAUUUUAUCUGGUAGCUAGUAUAUGUCAUUUUAUUUUAUAUAAUUUUUAAUCUCACAUAAAAUAGGAUGUAUAGACCACUAUACAUUGUAUUUCGCAGGUAUGCCUUGGCAGAAUUGUCAUUGCUAAACUAUCUCUUUUUGCUGCUAAUAUUACUGAUUGUUGCUCUCAUUGUUGCUGCGCAGCUGCUAUGGCAAUACUUCGUACCAUCAAGUCUAGUUGCAGCCUUAAACAUGGUUACAAUCGCCCAGACCAAAUGGAAACCUGAUUUUAGUGUUAUAUAUAAAAAUACUCCUCUUUUAAUUAUAAUUUUCUGCUAAUAUAUUUUUGGUCGACGUUAAUAUCUUGCCAGUUCCAUAUUCUUAUUUAAUAAUUAACACUAUAACGCCUGGGUAUCCCCAUUUGACGAGUAAAAGAGAAAUGGGGGGGGGGGUCAAAGAAAAAUAUUCAAAUAUGCAGGGGGGUCAUCAUUAAAUUUCUGCUCUUUUAGGGGGGGGCUUUCAAUUUUAAAAAUUUAGAAAAGAAAAAAUUCCCCUCCCCCCCCUUCCAUAAAUAAUGACCGGUCCCUUAUUUUAUUGGAGAAAGUGGAAAUACGAAAGAUCCUUGUGUAAAACGACUAGCUGUGUGUAAGUACAUGUAGAAAUUGUAUGUUGUUCAUAUACAAAAUAAAGAAAUUUGUCUAUCUAAAAAAUGAUAUACUCAGCUUCUGUUUUAGGUAUUUUGCCUUUGGCGAUAAAAUUAUAUUUGUAUAUUUAUAUAUGUCAAUAGAAUCAACUGUCCAAGCGAAUUGCGCUGUCUAUAUAAGCGCCUAAAUUCAGGUGAUAUAACGUAUAGCAUUUCAUGUUUAUACUGUAAUAUUCAGCAUUAUCUAAUUCUGUUGAAUUAUCGACAGUGUGUGUUAAGUUUUGUCUUUAUUUAAGAUAAAACUAAACGUGAUUAAAUGUUAUUUCUGCCUUUAGUCAACAUUUAAUCUGCGCAUUAAAGGUAAUUAAAGUAUGUGCGGUUUAAUGUUGGUUUUAACUCGCUUUAAUAUCCUCACAUCCUCACUAAAUGCAAGCUGAUUAAUGACACGCUUUUCGUCCUGUGUCUGUGCAAAUAAACUAUCUUUAAAUCUCGUUAAAACUGAGUACAUACUAAUUGGAUCACGGCAUAAUAUUAAUAAUAUAUUGGCUACCCCAAAGGUAUUUAUUGGUGACAUACCAAUUAAAAGGGUAAGAGAAACAAAGGCACUUGGAGUCUAUAUUGAUGAAUUUCUAUCAUAGGAAAAGCAUAUUGAUAAAAUUGCCAAAAAAGUCUCAUCCGGAAUUGGGGCAAUCAGAAAGUUAAAAUCACGUGUAGACCGUUAUACAUUAAUUUGUGCCUAUAAUGCACUUGUUUUGCCUCACCUUGAUUACUGUUGCGAAGUUUGGGACACCAUUGGUACUACACUUUCUGAUCGUCUACAGUAAUUACAAAAUAUAGGGCUGCUAGAGCUAUCGUGGGUCGUAAAAAUGAACAUGCUCAAUCUGAACUUGCUCUACAUGAAUUAAACUGGAAGCCUCUGAGCGAACGCAGAAGUGCAGAACCCAGUUUGAGGCAAGUCUUAUGUAUAAAAUUACUCAUGAUCUAGCGCCCUUACGACUUACUGAUAUUUUUUAAAAAGACGUCUUCCUCCCAGCAUUAUAAUUUGCGGGGCUCUUCCACUAAACUCCAUUUGCCCAAGCCUAAGACUGAAUAUUCGAAAUAUUCGAACCGCUAUUGUUUUAGUAUCAAAUACGCAUGCCCAAGGGUGGCACGUGCCCUCCCCCCCUCCCGGCCGAUACUCCUAUGGGGAACCAUUUGAGCAAACAUUGAAAAUCGCGAAUACUUCCGCAACAAUGUUUCUUGCGUUUUGAAAAGGCUUUAGCGAAAUAGUUAAUUUGUUCUUUGAUCGUGUGAAUUGUAUGUAUAAAUAAAAUACCGUUUUAACGUUUAAUUCUUACUUAUUAACAUCCUAAUAAACAUUUGAUGAAACACUUUUUCUCCGUUUGAAGACGUUGGUAACCGUAAGCCAAUAUAAAAUACCGAAACAUUAAUACUGUAAGACAAAUAAUAUGACAAAUUUGCGCAACAAUGUUUCCCAGUUUGUCCCGGGCAUUAAGGGAUAUUUAUAUAAACUCCCAGGAAAACCUCUGAUUGAAUCUUUAAUGAAUCAUCAUGGGCGUCUGAGCGGCUCUAAAAGUGGGCGGGCACACUUCGCCCUAACGCACACUUUGCCCUAGCGCACACUUAGUGACAUUCUAGGGGAUCUGGGGGCAUGCUCCUUUGAAAAAUUUUGAAACUAGCGAGUCUCUGAAAUGCCAUUUCCUGCACUUUAGAAGGAGAUUUACACAGUUCUAAAAGUAACAAAAUGUCAUAAAAUAUCCCAAAUUGUUUUGUCUAUACGUGUAACUGAAAUAAUAUCAAUAAAAAGUGGGAGGGGGGCAAAGACAUUUAGGCCCCCCAAACUAAAAAGUGGGGGAGUGCUGGGAUCCCCUUCUGACGCCUCUGUGUAUUAUCAGGCUAUUGCAAGAUAUGUUUAGCGCUUCUUAAAUUGUGCGUUCCAUCCAUCGCAUAAGUAUAUUCUAUGGAUACCAAUCUUAGAUUUGGACCAACUUUUCCAUUCGUUCCCACCAUCUUUUCCAACCAUCUGUUCCAACCAACGAAGCCGGACUGCACCAGUAAAGGACUUUUAUCUGUGAAAGAAACAUGUCCCGGGCAUCAACUCGAAAUUCAACAUAAAAAAGAUAAAUUGGGAGGAAAUAUAAGAUCCAUAAUUUCAUCAUAACUAUCUAUAAUUUAAAGACAUAUUUUCAUCCUUGAGCCCAGAUUUUCAUCAGUGCAAUAAAAUCCCACUUAUUGGAUCCUGGCCUAGGGUCUACCCGCCUACUCUCAAAACGAGAUUGCAUGUAUUCUACAAUAAACUGUUCUGGCUUUUGUCUGGUAAAGUUCUACUUCUCGUAUUUUAACUAUUACAAAUAUUAUAUUGUGACAUAGGUUGGUAUUUAACCACUAUCUAGAAUGGCGAGGAACGAUUCAACCUGUUUUUUCGUGCUCACACUUGUUGACUUUUUCUUAUAGAUUUGCUGCUUGCAAAUGCGUUUCAUCUCGUCUGCCAGGGUGCGUUUAGCUUCUCAACCAUGACCAAAUACUGCACUGCACUGCACUGCUCUGCACUGCACUGCACUGCACUGCACUGCACUGCACAGAGUAAGUGCAUUACCAUCAUUGUUCUUCAAAUAUGCCAUCAAAUCCAGUGUCAUAGCCAUCAAGUUCGAAUAAUAGGCCUUCAUCAUCUGAGAAAUCGUUCUCGUCUGUAUUUGGGUGGGGAGAAUUUGUGCAAUCGCAACCGGAACAAAGACCAUUACACUUCUAUUCUCGGGUUUUUGACGGGCACAAUGUCUCGGUGAAUAUCCAGACUUACAACCACAGUAACGUUUUCCAAAUUUCCAUCAGGAGUUGCCGGCAUCCAUCUGAUAUUGACUUGCUUUUCGUUUACUUCCCAACCAAACUCGCUGAUUGAACACCAUGCCAUGCACGAAUGACGUUCUUUUACUUACAUACAAAUCGUACAUCAUAUCAAUGCCGCAUAUGGAAAGGUGCACUCCAAACAGUUAUGUCACCACCUUAAAUCAGCGAGUUUGGUCGGGAAGUAAACGAAGAACAAGUCAAUAUCAGAUAGAUGACCAUGCCAGCAGCUCCCUAAACGCAAUUUUCCAUUGCGGUCGCUUUGCCCGCGUGGGUGGGUGGAGCGACCAAUUUUAAUCACGUGAAAAAUCAGUCGCGCGGGCACGUCAAGAAAGAUAAAUGGAGUUCUACUUUCAUGGCGUGUCCACGAGCAUUCAAACGGACAAAAAAUGCACAGGAUAGACAACUACAGAGAAAGUUGAGUAAUGUUCGCUCCGCCCGCAAAGCGACUGCAAUGGAAAAUUGUCUUAUUAGUUUGCCCGACCGCUUUGCUUACACAGUACACAUAUACAACUUUGCUCGACAUAGCACGCAUGAAUCCCUAGGGGGUCUGUGUGCAUAGUCCCCCAGAAAAUGAAACUUGAAGCGUGGAAGUGCAAUUUCCUGCAUUCUGAGCAUCCAAAUUUGCUCUAAAAUUUAUGCUAACUAUAUAACUAACUUCAUAAUCUUUGUCAUAAACCAUCAUCAUUCAUCUACAGAGCCAGGUGUUCUUUUUAUAUGGCAAGGUAUAUUAAAAGCAAUUAAUAUUGGCAUUAUUAUAUUUAAUUAUUCAUUGUAGACCGCGUUCUUAUCAACUUUUCCCGACGAUAAAAUUGGGGCACGUGCCCUCCCCCCCUCCCGGCCGAUACUCCUAUGGGGAACCAUUUGAGCAAACAUUGAAAAUCGCGAAUACUUCCGCAACAAUGUUUCUUGCGUUUUGAAAAGGCUUUAGCGAAAUAGUUAAUUUGUUCUUUGAUCGUGUGAAUUGUAUGUAUAUUUAAAUAAUCUCCAUCCUGUUUGAUACACAAAUUUGUAUUGAAUUAGGAUGUUUAAUUAGUGGAAUUAAACGGUAUUUUGAAACAAUAGCCACAGAAUUGAAGUGAUUUAGCAUAUGAGCAAGCAAAAUGUACAAUGCAUUUUUAACAAUAUUUAAUGCGUGUGUAUUUAUUCGUUAAUAUCACAAGGUUUGACCUUUAUUCCGUGAUUUCAUUUUGUUGUUUUUACGGGUGAAAUCGGGGAAAACCCACAGGGAAAAUCAAUUUUUCGCGUCUGCUCGUGCGCAGUGCGAGUUUGACUGACUUGCGCAUGCGUAUUUCCUAUCCAAACAAUGGCGGUUCGAAUAUUUCGAAGCGGGAAAAUAGCAAACUUUAUAGGGAUUAUUUUCGCAAUUGUGCACCUGUUUCGCUUGGGGAGCAACGGAUUCUGAUAAAGUAAGUUUUUAUCUAUUGAUUCAUGUCAAAAUUAUGUAGUUCCACGAGGGGUGCAACGGAAUUAUUAUUAUUAUUAUUAAAAAUUUUAUUAUACAACGGUUAUCCUUCAACAGGCCUAGGUUAUUGUUUUCAAGGAGCCGUUCACACUAUAUUAAUCUAUAUUUACAAAUGGAAGCAAUACAUAAUAAUUACAUAAUGUCAAAAUUAUAAGAUAUCACACAUUAAUUAUAAAAGAUAUAAAACCAUCCAAAACUGACUGACCUUAGUUACUUUUACAUUUAAUGUUUAAUACGAUCAAGCGUAGUCUUAAAUUGCCUAAUUGUGGCAUAACUUGUUUUUACACAUCUCGGUAAAUUAUUCCAUGUUUUAGCACUAUUUUAGCUAACGCUUUCUUUCAUGAAAUUUGCUUUAGGCUUUUGUAGAGUAAACUCGUUUCCGUUGCUACGUAAAUUAUAAUUAAUGUUAUUUUUAAUUUCAAACAAGUUCAUCAAGUUCUCUGGUAAUUCAUUUCUCUUCGCUUUGUACAUAACUACUAAACUAUUUUUUCCCAAUGAUCAACUAGGGGUUUCCAAUCCAGUUCCCUCAAAAUUUCGUUUGAUGGUGUCUCGUAUGAUCUGCCAGUUAUGACCCUUGCUGCCCUGAUUUGCAUUUUCUGCAACUUACUGAUCAGCUGAUCACUACAGUUACUCCAUACAAGGCUGCAAUAGUCAAAAUAUGGUAAUACUAACGCAUUGUACACCUUAAUCAAAGUUGUUUUGGGGACACAGUUCUUUAGUCGUCGUAGCAUACCUAUACCAUUUGAUACUUUGCCUGAAAUAGCUUCAUUUGAUUUUUCCAAAGUAGAUGCUCAUCAAAAAUUAUGCCCAAUGAUUUUGCGUGCUUAACCCGCUUAAUUUUUGUAUCACCAAAUUCUAAGAUUGGGUCAGUUUCAACAGUCGAUAAUCUCUGGUGUGAACCAAUUAACAUAUAUUCUGUUUUAUUUUUAUUUAAUGUCAACUUAUUGGCCAACAACCAGUUGUGCAUAAGCUCUAGGUCAAAAUUUAAUCGCCGUUGUAGUUCUUCUUUAUUUGAACUUGCAGUGGUUAGAUUCGUGUCGUCGGCAAACAUAUUCGCUUUAGUAUAUUUUAAACAAUUUGACAAGUCGUUAAUAUAAAGAAGGAAUAGCAGAGGACCCAGGUUAGACCCCUGGGGUACUCCCAGUUGUAAAUCACCUUUUUCAAAUUUUAAAGAAAGUAUGAGAAAUCCUGAAGUACAGGGUAAGUUUGUUUUUGCUGUUUAUGUAUGACUUUGCUGUCCAGUUUUCGCCUGAGGGCCGUGAACAUGUACAGCUUUCCCUUUCAGUCUAGGUGAAAGUUUCUUUGAAUUAAAUUAACUUGUUUCUAUUUUUUAUAAAAACACAAAUCACUUUCAAGAGCGACAUGUAUGAUUUAAAUUUAUUUCAUUUCAAAGUAUAAGUAAUAAGUUAAGACUUUAUCGACAAAUGGCAGUUAAUUUCUAUGAAAACGUUUUACGAAGCGUUUCGUGUUGACUUUUACAUAUCAUUAUAAUAAAGGCAAUAGAAAGCAAAAUAACGUACCUACUUUAUGUAUUUUAGAAAUCGAUCGUUCUACGGUUAAAAGUGUAAAACACUAAUUUAUUUUUCCCGUUUUGUACAAAAAAAAAAGAAAACAAUUAUCGUGUUGCCAUGGCUCACGGAACGCAAGCCUGCGUUCCGUGUCGGAGUAGUUCAGAUACUUCAUGUUGAAACAAUUUUUGGAAAAUGUGGACGAGAGCUUGUUGCAUGCAUUUAUUUCAAGUUUAUAUUACUAGGUUACCUAAAAUGUAGUAAAUGCUGCCUUUAAGAAGCAUACGCCAUGAACGUUUUAAAAUACUGUUUGUAGUGAUUGCAAAUCAAAGAUGUGUUAUCGCAUAUACGAAAUAUACAUAUACAAAAUUUGAAGCGUAGCCUAUAAAACUGCGAAACGUAUUAAAAUACUAUCUAAAAUAUAGCGAAAUAUAGCAGAUUAGACUUAAUAUGAAAUCCGAUAGUAUUUGUCGUUUGUAUUUGUACGCGCACUAUAAAAACAGCGAUUAAUUCAACAGAUUCCACUUGAUAUAUUCUUGCUUAUGCUUUAGUGAAUAUUACUUCCAUAAACACAAAGGCCUGUUUAAUACACUUGCAAUUUUCACUGCGAUUUCUACAACGAUUUUUGAAAUCUCCAAUGUAUAUACACACCCUGCGAUUUUGACUGCAACUUUGGUGCGACAAUACUGCAAUUUGCAGGGAUUUUUCAUUUUACUGGCUUGUAAACUGACUUAAAUUUUCAAUACGUCACUCAAGUUUACAAGCAAUACAAAGAUUUUGUUCUAAUUAGGUUGUUUACGGCUGUUUUCUGACAAGUGAUUGGCUGUAGAAAAAAAUUCCCCGACUGUUCGUCACCUGUUAGUGACGUUAGUGAUUUUAAUAUGAGUUAUGUCAUGCAAAAUGGGUCUGAAACUUUCUGUAUUGAACUACCACUCGCUCACAAAUUAAUUAACUGCAUUUAUAAUUCUAUUGUAGAUUUAUACCUGUGCAAUAUUGCUUUUAAAAACAGCGUGAAAGUGAAGAAUUGUAAAUAUUUAAUAGCACUGUAAUUCAAAUAGCCGCCCUGAUAGCCGCGCGUAGCAUGUUGGUAAAAUGACUUUCAACCAACAUGCUUUGCGGCUUUAGAAAGAUUGAGAUUUUGAGUAGCUGUACGAUUUUAGUCUGCUGCCUUGCUCGCUCGCUUAAUGCUCGCUCGCUGCGGCAGCAAUAAUUGCGAUAAAUGACGCUCGCGCGAAUUCAAUGUUGUGGUCUGAGCCCUGUAUGCACGCAACUAUAACUGGAUAUCCAAAAUUGGAUAUUCUGUUUUUCCAGAGUCACGCCCAUGCAGCAUUCAACCUGGCAUACACUUUGUGCACAAUUGACCAAAUCAUAAAAAAACUUAACCGCAAUAAUUGUGGUUUCUUGAUACAUUCACUAGCUAAGUUAAAUUUCAAAUACUAUGCCAAAAACACAAAAAAUUUGCUGAAAUACGUCAACUUUCAACUAUUUCAUCUUUCAUCAUCCUUGUCUUAUCUGAAGCGCUUCAAAUGCAAUAAGUAUUCUUUUUGAAACAAACUAAAUUAAUUGCAUGGAGGCGAACAUCAGGUGACUUGGCACAUAUCUCUGGUUAUAUUUGUUUUCGUCUAAGUUAGUAAAUUCUAAGGGUUAAUUGUUUACUCAAUAUUAACUUGUAUGUUGUUUACAAGGUAAUAACAAGGAUUUUACAAGGAUUGGUAAAGUUCAAUAUAUACUGGGUGUAUGCUGCAUAAAACAUUAUAUUUGCGAGAUUGUAUUUACAAAAUUUAAAUGAUUAAUUGAUAUAUUCAGCAAUUUAAGAUUUGUUUAGAUAUAGGUUAAAAUAUAAAAACUGGAAGUUUAGACAAAAUUGUUUAUUGCUACCAACGACAAUUGUCAAAUAAUGUAAUGGCUUCACAUAUGAACAAUUGUGCUAUAUCUGUUCGUUUUUAUUGUAAUCAUUGGGAAAUAUCGUGCCUAUCUCAAUGGGUAGGAGUGUUCUUUGGGUUCUGGCAACAGUUCGUUUAGUUUAUUAUUUUCGUCCUGGCCAAUUGAUUGAUAUAAUUUAUAAAAGAGUUCUUGUCUGCGUUCUGCAGACAAGUUAUUAGGUUUAACUUUCCAGGCUUGUUUCAUACCAUGUCUGCAGAGGUACGAAUAUUUUGACAGCUAUUUUUUGUAUUUGUUCAAUCUGAUAAGACAAUUUUGCGGUUAGAGAGAAGUGCCAAACCUCACAUGCAUAUUCUAGAAUGGAGCGGACGAGUGAACACUAAAUAUACGUGUUACAUUAGUGUUUGAGACGCCUGACCGAUUUAUUAUUCUGAUAGCGUACACUCUUUCAAACGUAAUUGACAUGUUGGUCCCACGUCAGAUUUGACGAAAUCAUCAGGCCGAGAUGUUUAGUAAACCUGACACAUAUCAUUAUCCUUCAAACAAACAUAUAGGCACAACAGUGAUUCCUACUACAAGCAGUAUAACACCGACCACAACAGUGAUUCCUACCACAAGUAGUUCAACAUCAACCACAACAGAAUUCCCACCACAAGUAGUACAACAUCGACCACAAUAGUGAUUCCUAUACAAGUAGUAUAACGUCGACCACAACAGUGAUUCCCACCACAAGUAGUAUAACAUCGACCACAACAGUAAUUCCUACCACAAGUAGUAUAACAUCGACCACAACAGAAAUUCCCACCGCAAGUAGUUCAACAUCAACCACAACAGAAAUUCCCACCACAAGUAGUAUAACAUCGACCACAACAGAAAUUCCCACCACAAGUAGUUCAACAUCAACCACAACAGAAAUUCCCACCACAAGUAGUAUAACAUCGACCACAACAGGGAUUCCUGCCACAAGUAGUACAACAUCGACCACAACAGUAAUUCCUACCACAAGUAGUACAACAUCGACCACAACAGUAAUUCCUACCACAAGUAGUAUAACAUCGACCACAACAGAAAUUCCCACCGCAAGUAGUUCAACAUCAACCACAACAGAAAUUCCCACCACAAGUAGUAUAACAUCGACCACAACAGAAAUUCCCACCGCAAGUAGUUCAACAUCAACCACAACAGAAAUUCCCCACAAGUAGUAUAACAUCGACCACAACAGAAAUUCCCACCACAAGUAGUUCAACAUCAACCACAACAGAAAUUCCCACCACAAGUGGUAUAACAUCGACCACAACAGAUGAUUCCUGCCACAAGUAGUAUAACAUCGACCACAACAUUGGUUCUUACCACAAGUAGUACAACAUCGACCACAACAGUGAUUCCUGCCACAAGUAGUACAACAUCGACCACAACAGUGAUUCCUACCACAAGUAGUACAACAUCGACCACAACAGAAAUUCCCACCACAAGUAGUAUAACAUCGACCACAACAGAAAUUCCCACCACAAGUAGUUCAACAUCAACCACAACAGAAAUUCCCACCACAAGUAGUAUAACAUCGACCACAACAGUGAUUCUUACCACAAGUAUUAUAACAUCGACCACAACAGUAAUUCCUACCACAAGUAGUACAACAUCGACCGCAACAGUAAUUCCUACCACAAGUAGUAUAACACCAACCACAACAGUGAUUCCUACCACAAGUAGUACAACAUCAACCACAACAGUGAUUCCUACCACAGAUAGUAUAACACCGACCACAACAGUGAUUCUUACAACAAGUACUACAACAUCGACCACAACAAUAAUUCCUACCACAAGUAGUACAACAUCGACCACAACAGUGAUUCCUACCACAAGUGGAAUAACAACCACGACAGUGAUUCCUGCCACAGAUAGUAUAACACCGACCACAACAGUGAUUCCUACCACAGGUAGCACAGCACCGUCUACAACAGAUAUUAGCACUACAGUUGAAACAACACCGUCCACACCAGGUAAAUGUUCUUUUGGUAUUUAUUUUUUUAUCUGUAACCUUUCACGCGUUUCAAAUCGUCUUUGCAUUUUGAUUUGCAAAACCAGAAAAACAAAUUUUGGAAACACAAAAAAAGUUUUAUUUGAAUUAGCUGAGUUAUGCUUGCAGAAAACAGCGGUUCCUCAAAUUGGAAAUAUUGUAAAUAUAACCCGAUAAAUUUUUACAGUACAGGUGUACUAGAAAAAAUGCAUAAUUGUAAUUUUCACUGGACUGAAAUCGCCACAAAAUUUCUGAAAAAUUGAUGGGAAUAUUGAUAUGUUAGAUUGCGUUGAUAUUACGUUUUACACCACAUUAAAAGGGGCUGACACGGAAAACUGAAAAUUUUAAACACAAUUUGAAUUCGGCGAAUGCAUGCUUGGCAAACGUUUUACCAUGUAACAAAGUUUCAGACAAUUUGACGUAAUCAAAAUUAAAUUUUCAUAUUAGUUUUAGAUGUAUUAGUUUUAGGUCAUGUGUUGUCCAGCUAUCACGUACUUACACGCACAGUUACUUAAACUGAGAAAUUCUCAUAAAUAUGUUCGGGAUUGAUAUGACUAUGACGUAAUGCAUUUGAGAGUGAAAUUUCUAUUGGUGUGUGUGUUUGUUUGUCUGCCUCCUAGGUAUCUUGAAAAUUAUCCAAUGAAUUAAUACCAAAAUUUAAGACACUACAGCAUAUUGCCCAUUGUACAGAUUGAUUAACUGCGGGAUAAGUUUGGAUGAACAUUGCAGAGAUAUUAAAGCUAACUUUGGCCUACUUUCCUGGGCAGAGUAAACGGUUUCCGUAAUUAUCCCAUUGUAUUAUUUAUGCGUGAUAUAUAACGUAAUUUGCUGGCGGAAACUAUGAAUCGAAAUCUCUUCGAAUUGAGAUUUCUGAGUCCCCUUCUAGUUUACAUGAAUUUUUGCAUUUUUAAUUUUAAUCUAAUUUAUAGUUCCUCUAUGUUCCCCUGAUCCAUGCAUGAAUGGUGGAAAUUGUUCGGAUAGUGGAAUAUCAUUCUCUUGUUCAUGCCCGGAUCGAUAUACCGGUGACCGCUGCCAAAUUGAUGGUAAAUAUGUCAUUUCAAAAACAUAUACUAGAUGUGUGUUUUUCUCUUUUGCAUUUUUAUUCUGGGUUUUAGUUUUCGUUGUUCACACCAUACUACAAUAAGCUAAAAGACUGCAGCAUUUUCAUGUAGUUUGGCUGUGAUUCGCAGUUUAAAAAACACCUUAAAAGUGGCUUGCAACCAAAAAUGUGAGUUUUUAAGCGGAAUUUGAAUCGACACGGGCAAGUUGGAAAAGUGUUUUAUGAUCUAACGAAGUGUCAGACAAUUUAGCGUCUAUUAAGUCAACCUUAUCCAUGAUUAAAUUUAUGGAUGAUUGAUUUCUCGCAUACUUUCUAAAAGAAGAUAGAGAUCCUUUUAAACGUGUUUGUUUUGUUUUGUGGCUGUCAGACACUUAACUGCUUUAAGCUGAUUGGUGGGCUUUAGAUCCCAUUAAUUGUCUUUCCACCAGUCAGAUCAGAUUGUUAGAGAUUCUUUCACUGCUAUCUGGGGUUAAUAAUUGCACUGAAAUUAACCAACAUCCGUUGAUAGCAUUUCACUGUAUAAAAGUUAUAAUGUAUAUAUUUUCUGUCAUCUCUGGCUGUACCUAAUCCUAUAGGGUUGAAAGUACAAGCACGUAAUAGAUGGUCAAUAUUGGUGGGGUAUUAAAAAUGAUUGAAACUAUAAAAGAUCAUCUAAAGUUACAAUUAUAGGUUUCAAUGUGGCAAGGCUUAAGAUGGAAUAAAAUAAUGCUUUCAGGGUUGUUAUGAUACCUUUAUAAUAUGAGUGUGAUAUGACACGUAAUUGGCUAAUGCGCGUGCAUUAUAAAACCAUAAUGUACUGUAUUGGUUUUUCAGUUUUCCCCGCUUUGACUCUGGUUUCUUGGGAAAACCAAAGUGAACAGAAUUGAGUGCCGUACAUUAUAGAUCUAAAUUUUAUUAGAAAGUGAGGGACCGAAAAUGAAGUGCAAAAGCAGCCAACAAGAUAUAGCGGGACAAGAAAGGCAAAGGAAUUUUCACGGCUGUUUUUGAGUCUGAAUUGAACAAGCCGAGAAUAACUUCAGGGAUAAAAAAUAAGAAAAAGCUACAAAAGCAGAAAGCAAUGUCUUCAGCGAAACACGAAAAAUAUAAUGAUAAUUUCAGCAAACAAAAACAAAAAAAAUGAACGAAAAAAUUGGGCUUCACUGCUUUCGUGCCAAAAUCCGGCUUGGAAAAUGCAGCAAAAUAACAGCAGAUUUGUCUUUUUAGCAUGGUGGGUUAUUUUUGUCAUUUUCGAACAUUUCUCACCCAGUUUAUUAAGAUUAAUUUCCAUAAUUUAUUCGAAUUUUUCCAUCGUCCGCCUGAAUGUUCAAGCUUGUUGCUAAGUGAUGAGUAAAAACAUGCAUGUGACAUCACUUGAUUACAUUGUUAGAAAAAUGCAUUUAAAGAGGCACUAUCAUUAAAAUUUUUUUCAUAAGCCAGAAAUAUAACGUACUGUAUGCUUGAUAUUCUUACCAAAUUUCAAGGCAAAAUUCGUUCAUUCGUUCGUAAUAUACUCUUACUCAUCCAAAAUAUCGAAAUUGAAAUUCGUCCAAAAUUCAAUUCGUAGGGUUAGCAUUGUAAAAGUUUUUGGGAAAGAUGUAUAUUCAAGGGGCCCUUCAAACUAUUUCAACAGGGGGCCCAUAACUGAAGAUUUACGCCACUGGUCAGAAACUUCAGAAGGUGAACAUUUGCAUGGGAGCAAAGCGAGCUGUGAUGAAGAAACGUACGAUGACUCACCACAUUCAAGUGAAAAUAGUGAUGAAAAGAAGAAAUCAAACCUAGAAUUGUUAAUAUUUGUUGGCAAUAAAUGGCUACUUGUUUGUUAUUGAAAACAUGACCUUUGGCAGACUUUGGGUCAAAAAUAAUCCUUGACCUUGUUUUUACAAAUUUACUUUUGAAGUUGAAAAGGAUAAUUUUCAUCACUCGUUCAAAGUAUUAGUUAGUACUUUAGCAUCACUUUAUACUUCUUUAAUAUACAUCACAGGCACAGCAACUUGAUAGUUUUUCACGCACACAAAACACAAGCAGCGAUGGAAGGAAAACCUUUAAUAGCGUACAGCUUACCAAUCAAAAUACGAAGAAAAAUACAAACAAAUGCCUUGUAAUUUAUAGCUAUAAAUAAUGUUUCAAUGCAUGUGUGUCUAAUAACUGUCUAUCGGUCUAUUUCUGUUUGUUUAACGACUGUAAAUUGAACUGAUAUGCACUCAGGGAAUUUUAUAGUGCAAGUAAAUAUCCUACGACUCUAUGCGCGUUUUUGCUUGCCGUAAGAUUCAGUGACUCAUUGUAGGCCGGCUAGUAUUGUAUAGCAAACUAUAUACAGAAAACAGUAUAAAAAGGUCACACGCGAGGGGGAUAAAUAUAAUAGUUGAUUUUACAACUCGCAUUUGAAAAGUAAAUGUGUAAUUUUCAACUAAAUUGCGCUCAUUGCCAUUGGCAUUCAGUAUAUUAAAGGUCUAUAAAAAUAUGGAAAACAAAUAUUGAACCGGCUGAUUUGAAGCAUUAAUUUAGCAUAGUAUCAAUUCUGUGAUUCGGUCCCGAGACAUUAUUCAAUUUGUUCUAUUUAUACAUAUUAUACGAUUCAAUACGAUUUAUUAAUUGUUAUAUAGGCUACAAUAAUCUUUCGUAUAAUAUUAGUACCUCGAUAUAUACAUAGGCGUACGGGGCCGCUAAAUUUUGGGGGGGCGGUAGCUUUUUUGCCCAAAAAUUCCACAUUGCCCAAAAAAUGUCAAUAUAUUUAUACAACUAAUUAAAUAGACAAUUCUACUGUUCUAAAAUAUAUAUUGCGCUCGCUCACGAUCAACGAAUGUCGCGAACGAUGAAUACUUCAAAAAAAGUAGCUGUUUCUUCCCUUUCUGCUGCCAAAUAUGUCAAUAAUGCGGUCAAUCUCAUUAUUCAUCACAGCGUUUGCAUAGGCCCUCUCUAUGUUAAUCAGUGCGAUGCUGUUCACCCGCGUUUGACUCAUCGUAUUGCGGAGGUAUGUUUUCAAUCGGCGAAGGGCACUGAAUGAACGUUCUGCGGAACAUGAUGUGGCUGGUAUGACUGAAAGUAUUAUCAUUACUUGAGUAAACUGUGGAAGCAUUUCAAAUAAGUGGUUCUCUUGCAUGAAUCCAAGAACUUUUGAAAGUUUCUUUCCUUCGGGUAAUCCACGCUUAAGACAAAACGUGGUGAACAUUUUCUGUUCUACCUGUAGAAUCUCUUCAUCCAUACCAUAAAAUUCAGCAACUGUGGUGAAGCUCUCCACUUUGGGGGUUUCACUUUGGCAGACAUCACCAAGGGCGUAAAGUAUUUGCUGAUCAUUUCCGCUGAAUCGCGCACUUCAAGCUCGGAAAGUAUUUUGUCGAUAGACAGGUAAUAUGUGUUGAUUCUGUGAUGAGAUUCUGGUGUCACCUGAAUGCGAUCUCCGGGUGAUUCACCCACAAGGGCCUGUAGGCGUCGCGAUGUCUUAUGGCGUGGUACUGUUGCCUCUCGUACCUUAAAUAACGAAUUUCCCAACCAAGACUUCAUCUUUACACCCAUUAAUGAUGCCAUUUGCAAAACAAGGUCAAAAUUUUGCUCACUUCUGCAACGACGUAGUGUCUCUAUGGUCGUGCUGGAUAUUCUUCGCGCUGACAGAACAUCAACUUCUUUUCCUUGAAGAUACUGACUCAAACUAUUUGUAUUUCUUAGAAUUAUUCUGAGCACACAUAAACCAAAUAUGAAAUCCAUGUCGCACAAAGAUGUUAAUAAUGAUCUGCUGUCCCUGUAAGUCUUAGGAUCUUUAUCUGAAGACAAUUUGAGAAGCGUUUUAACAAUUCUCUCCAUUUGGUUAUAGACAGCUUUUACCGCUUCCCAGUGACAGGACCAUCGCGUAACACUUAAUGAUUUUAGUGUUUGUUUGUACUUUUCAUCCUCAACUUCAAUGUCACUAAAUAACGCGUGACGCUUAGGGCUUCCUUCAAUGAAAUUGUGGAUGGCCUGGAUGUUGCCCAAGGCAUUACGCAAUGGCUCCACUUCUGUCAUGGUAUCCUGAAGGGCUAGGUUGAGAAGAUGUCCGUAACAAUCGACGUAUAUGCUCUGAGGGGAGCAUUCUUUCAUUCUAGUCGAGAGUCCUUUAUGAAUACCAUUCAUAUUUGCAGCACCGUCAAAUGCUUUACCAACUAUAUUCUUCAAAUCUAAGUUAAGUUUGGUAAUAGUGUCUUUCACAAGUUCAUAUAAAACCUCGCCUUCAGUUGACUUGGUCGCAUAGAAUCCCAUGAAUGCUCCUUCUUUAUUCCAUUUAUGCAAUAACUCAGACAGAGUGAAACUUGCUCAAUUUUGCUGAUGUCCGACGUUUCAUCUAUAAUGAUACUAUACCAUCCACUAGAUUUAACGUCGUUGACAAUGCGCUCUUUCACAAGAUCAGCAGUAAUUUCGAGUAAUUCAUUUUGUAUGGCGGGCGAUGUCCACUGCGCAUGUUUUUUAAGCUGUUGAUCUAGUUUAGAACCAAGCCAAGGUAUGUCCCUACACCUCAAACUAAUAUGUUCUAAAAAGUUUCCACGGUUAACAUCGCUGCUUUUAUCUAGGUUAACUCGCUCUUCUUCGUGUCCACGUUGUGCAACGUUUUGUUGCGCUGUGUACAUAAGACUCUCAAUGAGUACUCUAAGGUAGGCCCUAUUUUCUUUCACGGACUUCUUAUGAUCUUCGUGUAGUUGGCUUAGUACUGAGGAAUUAUGCUUCUUGUUUGCUCUACUGGACAUCCACAUUUCCAUGGCCGUUUGAUGCUUCUCGCUCUUAUGAUGUUUUGCUAACCGUUCCGGCUUUUUCCAGUUGUCAAAUGAAAAGGAAUCUUUUCCCUUCAAGUACAUCUGGCAAGGAAAGCAGUUCGCUUUCUUACUACUGACGUCGUAUGAGAGCCAGGGAUGUCGCUUAUACCAUUCAGGAUUGAAAUCUCUAGUAAACGAUUCGUUUCCCAUUUUCUUGGGGUCGUAACUCUUCAGUAGCGGCUACUGUGGUCCUUUCAUCUGCAGGCACGAUUUCUCCGAAUUACAGUCUUUUAGGUCUGGUGCAUGCACGCGUAUAGUGUCGAAAUUGUCGUCAAAGCUUUGGGAAUCAUCUAAAGUAAGAAAUAAUGAAUGUAAAAGUAAUAAUCAUUUCGGAUUUUCUCGUAGCAACGAGAAUCAACGACAAUAAGGGGUUUUAAGGACUUUAAAGAAAGUUAAUGGUUUUCUUUCCAUCACUGCACGUCUGUACCUGCUUUGUAGCUUACACAUCUAUUUUUCAAUGUUUAAACGAAAAAGAAACCGUAUACAAUGAACUAAAAAUUGCAACGCUGCCAAUACAUGGAAGCACUAUAGAGUAUUGAGCACUCUUACUAAUACAUCAUGAUACACGACUACGUGAAAAAACUUAAAACUGUUUACCAGAGGCAGAGCACAAAGACUGAAAGAGUAACAAACAGACAAACAGUUCUCAGACUUAAACGUAAAAUUCACUCUGGUAUUCAGACACGCAUAUUUUGAUAAUGAUAGUACCUUACCGUGACUAGCUCCUGUACUUGGAAAAGAAUAGGUCGGAUCAUUUUGCGAUAAUUCUCGAACUGGCACGACGUCAUUGUUAUGUACUGAGACUGCAACGGUUAUACUGGAGACGGAGGACUCGGUAAGUUCAGCAUCUCUUCCCUCAAUAUUUUCUGCGCUUGAAACGGUUUCAUUGACACAUUUUAAAGUAGUUUGACAAUCAUUUUCACUUCCCUCGGCCUCAUUAUCCACUCUAUCUGUAUCGCCAUCGCUUUUCUUUCUUUUGGGCGUAAUGGCCACUGUCUCGCCAGCGGUAGCAAAACAAAGUUUAGCUUGCUUAGCAUCAACUGCAACGGUGAAUUUUACCUUCUUUCCUUUGUGUUUAGUUUUGGCGUGGACAUCCUGAUAUUCGGCCACAAUUUCUUUUUGGCAAACUGAGCAGACCACACGAUAACGAUAGGCACGUUUUCGCUUAACGGGUUUCUGUUUGGACAUUUGUCACAUUAUCAUGAUCAAGUUCAGUUUGUUGUUAUCAAUCGAAGCCGUUAAAUUUUAUUACACCCAUUAAGUAACCAUUUUAAGUCUCUUGCAUCCCAAAUUUAAAUUUGCAAAAAAAUGGAGUAAACUUGCUACCAAAAACGCCACAAGCUACAUACAGCGACCGCUGGCUCAAUGACAGCGACGUGUUUAUUUUUGAUUGCCGCUAAAAUAGGCACAAAAAGCACGAUCUCAUUUUAUCUCGAUAUUUUUGACAAUGUUUGUACUUCCGAAUUUUCAAUAUGGCCGCCAUGAGUGGCCGAUGACAGUGAGCGAAGUUUUCUGACAAUGGUUUUGAUUCAGUAACCAGUGAUCGACUAGAUCGACUGAUCGAUUGUGCAAUAAACCAAAGAUAGGAGAACGUAAGGUAUCGUCGAUUAAUAAAUUUUAUACAAUAACAAAAAUAAGUCAAGCCACAAACGCUUGCCCAAAUUUUCCUUGCGUGCCCAAAAAAUUGACCUUUCCCAAACUUUGGGGGGGCUGCCGCCCUCCCCGCCCCCCCUUCCCGUACGCCUAUGGAUAUAUAUAUACACCGCGUUUAUAUGUGUCCCAGGGAAAGCGAAAACGCAGCGUAGAGUCAUAGGAUAUUUAUACUUGUACUAAUUUCCAAGUGCACUAAAUUCCCUGAGUGUCAGUUUAAUUUACAGUCGUUAAAAAUACAGAAAUAGACCAAUAGACACACAUGCAUUGAAAUAAUGUGUUUUUAGCUAUAACUUACAUUUGUUAACAAAUAUCAACAAUUCUAUGUUUGAUGUUUUCUUUUCAUCACUAUAUAUUCACUUGAAUGUGAGUCACCGUACGUUUUUUCAUCACAGCUCGCUUUGCUCCCGUGCGAAUGUUCACUUCCUGAAGUUUCUGACUCUCCUUUAUAUGAAUUUGUACGAAAACAUUGUUGAAAUAGUAGUGAAAUACAAUAAAAACAUUCGGUGUGCUGAAUGAAUGACGUCACAUCCCCUUCAAAAAGCCCUCUCGCUUAAGGUGGCUCCCUAGGGUUUUAUUUCCGGGGGUUACGUUCUUCGUAUACUGUAAACUAAAACUCGUGUGACUUCAAAAUACGAACGAACGUUGUGUUUUAUAUGGAACUCUUUUUUGAAACAAAAGUGUGAACUUUGCUUUAGUUAAAAGCAUAAAAAGAGUUCUAAAAGUCAAAACGAUACUCGGAUGUGAUGUUUCAAAAGAAGAUAAUGUAAACUUUUUUUUUUAAGCGGUAUUCUGGACGUUUUUUGAACCGCCGUACGCGAGGUUCUAUCGCGAACAUUGGAGUAUGAUAUAAAGUUUCCUCAAGAAUUUGCAAUGUUUUCUCCACAAUUUAGCAGCACUUAUGACAAUAAAGAUGACUUAAAUAAUGAGCCCUCUACGGGUGAAAUGAGCAGGGCCAAAACUCCAAACAUACCACUAUAAAAACUGAAAAUUGAACGGGCAUUUUGCGAAAACAUCCGACGAUAGUACUAGCUCGCACGGGACGAAUUUUGACAAACAUUUUUCAAAUGAAUACCAAGAAGGCAUAACCAGUAAUUACCUAAAUUUCUUUGCCAAUUUUACAUGUAUAAUCCACGCUUAGUUGACCAUUAACCGACACAGUUAUAAACAGUAUAUCAAACAUAAUUUAUAUUUUGUGAUUUCAAAAAAGUCAUGCCUUGUUGUUUUAUGCAGAAUGCAUGUACACGUCAGUUGGGGUAUUAAAUUGUUCGCGUAAAAAUCCGUAAAAAUUGCCAAAAUUAAACCCAAAUUUCUCUGUUUUCCUUCGGUAAAAUUUUUUAAAACUUUGCACAUUUUUUAAUAUCGGCACUGCAAGUACAAUAUCCUUUUUUCUUAAAAUUAAAUCGAAGGGAAAAUUUUUAAUAUUGAUUUUUGACGUUUUUUAAAUUUUCUAAGAAACGUAUCGAUUUAAUUUUUUUGAAUUGAGAGGAAAAAAUCAUUAUAUAAGUAUUAUCUUUUAUGCAAAGUUUUAAAAAAUUUCAUCGAAGGGAAUUUUUAAAAUGACCUGAAAAAGACAAAUUUUGAGCUUUAUUCUAAGCAUGCUGUUGCCAAGACAACAUAUUUUUAACACAAAAGUAGCAAUUUGCAAUGUUCAGGAGAACAUUGUCAAUGUGUCCAAUAAAUUUCGUUUUCAUGUCAUGUAAAGUAAAGAAACAGGAGUCUCCUGAAUACUAUAGUGUAUAAAUUAAAAAAACCUAGGGAGCCACAUUAAGCUUAAUUGGGCGCGUUUAAUGGCGGCCGUAAAAUUGGCAGAUAAGAAUCGUAAGAAUGUCAGGAAGAUGAACGAAUUUUGCCUUGAAAAUUGGUAAGAAUAUCAAGCAUACUUUAUAUUUCUGGAUUAUGAAAAAAAAUUGUAAUGAUAGUGCCACUUUAAUAUUUUGACCAGAGGUAUAGGCUUAUACUUAGCAAAUAUACCUCUUUGACAUGUUUGAUAAUUGUUUUUGGAUAAAAUUAUAAUGGCCGUCUCAAUUAGCAAUAAUACAACUUUGCAAAUUUUUUCUAUUCAACAGAAAUGCCAACAGAUUCUGACACAGAGGUAACAGUGUUUGACCGAUCGGGAAAUCAGGCGACAAUUGCAAUUGCAGAAACUGUCCAGUUUGCAGUUGUUAUAGUAAUUGAUGAAACAUUUGUGCCCGAACUACAGAACAAGCAAAGUCAGGAUUUCAGAAAUUUGAGAAAUAGAUUCCUUGUAUUCUUGAUUCCAAUAUACCGCAAUAGACGUGGUUUUAUUGGCAUUAUCUUCAAUUCAUUUUCCUCGGGAAGUGUUGUUGCAGAUAUUGACAUAUUAUAUAAUUCCACCGAACCAAUUCCGACUGUUGACGAAGUUCGAUCUCCAAUCGCUGAAGCAAGAGAUAAUGGAUCGGCGCCAUUCACUAUUGAAAGUUUACAAGUCACGAAAAUGAGCGGGUCACAAGAUGGGUUCGAAACUUGGAAGAUUGGUGUCAUUGUUUCUCUUGCCUCCUUACUUCUUCUUCUUAUUUUUAUUUCAGCUGUGGUGAGUAUAAGUUUUACCUUGGAAAUGUUAAAUUCAGACAGUAAUAAAAUGAGCUGCUUAUAAGAUUGGUUGAUACUGUACCUUUUUGAUCGUGUCGCCAUCAGCCUAUAUACAAGCAGUAGGCUAUGUCAACAGUAUCAAAACAAAAAGAACAAUACAACUAAAGGAUAAAUUUUGUAUGGAAGGAGGAACAAACACAGUUCCUUUGUGCAAACCAAUUACAGUACAUGAUUGUUUUGGAUCACAAUUUUCUCACACGUAAGAAAAGUCCAAUCAAAUGAUACAACGAUGACGUAUGAAUAAAUUUAUUCUCACGGCAAGAGUAUUCUCGCUUUUAGUUUGACUUUGUUUUGCCCACACCUGAACAUAGACUCUAUAAUUAUUUUCUUGCUUUUUAAUUCUUGUUGGAAUGAAUUGCAUGCUUUGUAUACGUAUGUCAACAUUUAUUGUUUUUUAAAACUAUGAAUUUAUAUGAUUCAAUACAAGUAUUUAUAAGGUAUUUCUCAAACAAUGACGAACAUAUAUCAAACAUAUGGUUAGUUAAACAGCCUGUACUAUAAUAACAUUUUUGACUUAAAUGAAAGAAAAAACUCAGUAUCUAUAAAAUAAACAAAUUUGUUCAUGGUAUUGUAUUUUUCUCGCUUAUUGCAAUCCAUCCUCUCCUUUGUUUUGUAAAUUACAAAUUAGCGCGUGCAAAAAUGAUGAUGAAAUGUUUAUAUCUACAUCCUAACGUUACUGAAUCGUUCUCUGAAUCUUUCACUAGAGAACGACACGCUUUCAUGUAUUUCACGCAACAUAUAUUUAAUAUUGUCGUUAUUAAUUGUGAAAGGACUUCUACGAAAAAAUUAUUUUUUAUUACAGGUUAUUGUUAAUGGACGCAAAGGAAAGCAGGCAUGGUAUAAUUUUGAAAAUCGUAGAAAUAGCUUUGACUUGGAUUAUGAUCUCUAUUCCAUUAAUGUUGAUAAAUCUGAUGGCAUUCCGGUAAGAAUUAUAUGUCUUAUUUUAAUUUUAAAAUAUUUGAAAAAUAUUUGAAAACGAUAACCCUUCGGGGCUCAAAGGUAGGCCUACCUAUUUCUGAAGGGGCCGUUUUUUACAUAUAUCACACCAAUUACCUAACUAAAAACAUUAAUGCUUGUACAAUCAAUACAAACUAGUCUUAUACAAAAUAUUAAAAUGUUUGCCUGCAGUAAAUAACAUUAAAUUUAUUAAUUAUAUAUAUAUAUAUAUAUAUAUAUAUAUAUAUAUAUAUAUAUAUAUAUAUAUAUAUAUAUAUAUAUAUAUAUAUAUAUAAAUAUUAUUCAUACAAAGGUAAUGUUGAAUCAUGCAGAUGCCGUGAAAAAUGCAUUGAAAUUUAUGGCCACGGCUGUGAUUAAAACUUCCUUAAUAAUUUGCAUAUUACUUUGAAAUAUGGCUUCAACAGUGAACAUUGAAUUUACAGAAUUAUAAAUAACACGACGUUGCAAAAUGCCCAGGGGCCGCCGAACCGGGGCGCAAUGGGGGCAUGUACUGUGCCCCCACCACUUUUUUUAAAAGUGAAAAAAGUGCCCUUUUUCUGGACUAAAGUGCCUCAUUUAAAGAACGAAAAAACUAUUUCUUGAAUGAACGCCCUUUUUUGCUGGAAAAGCCAUUUCCGACCAUAUAACGACAUAAAAUCGUUUGAUUUUGGUCACAUACAAAAGUGCCCCUUUUGGCCAAUGCCCCUCCACUUUCGAAAUGCUUCUGCGGCCUCUGAAAAUGCCAAAAUCUUAGAAUAAAUCAAUAAAGUACCUCUUUUACAACUUGCCUCAAUCGCUGUAUGUUGGAAAACAAAGUCUGACUGUCGAAGUAUUUAGUGUAGCCUAUAAUGUUGAUUUGAUUUCAUGCAAUUUAGUAAAUAUACAAGGGUUCACUGGGAAAAAAAUUGAAAAUCCAUAGAAGGUCAUAGAAUGGAAAUUAUAUAUGGACCUUCAUGGAAAUAGAAUGGAUUUUUUUAUCCAUAAUAAUUGCAUGUAUAAUUAUUAUUUCCAUACUAUGGAUAUAGUAUUGAAAUAGUAUGGAUAUACUAUAUAUGGAUAUAAAAACCAAUACCAGCCGACAAUUUCAAAAAAUAUAAUACAAAACAUAAUCCGAAGAUAAGCAUCUUGAAACCCAAAAUAUGAGUCAAACAAGAAAGUGAGUGAGUAAUAUUUCGAUUUUAUUACAAAAUCAUCAUCAGACUAACUGAUAAUGAUGAUGUAAUAAAAUCGAAAUAUGAUGAUGAUUGAUUUUGUAAUAAAAUCGAAAUAUUACUCACUCACUUUCUUGUUUGACUCAUAUUUUGGGUUUCAAGAUGCUUAUCUUCGGAUUAUGUUUUGUAUUAUAUAUAUGGAUAUACUAUAAUAGUAUGGAUAUACUAUAUAUGGAUAUACUAUAAUAGUAUGGAUAUACUAUAUAUGGAUAUACUAUAAUAGUAUGGAUAUACUAUAUAUGGAUAUACUAUAAUAGUAUGGAUAUACUAUAUAUGGAUAUACUAUAAUAGUAUGGAUAUACUAUAUAUGGAUAUACUAUAAUAGUAUGGAUAUACUAUAUAUGGAUAUACUAUAAUAGUAUGGAUAUACUAUAUAGUAUUGAAAUAGUAUGGAUAUACUAUAAUUGCAAAUUUCAUAGUUUGGAUUUCACAUUUAUUCCCAGUGGUUUUACUGCAAGAAUCAUUUUAUACCUGCUGAUAGUUUCAGCAUGCAAAUAUAAAACUAAUCUUAUUCCAAAAAAGUAUGUAUUUUAACAACACACGCACCUUUUUAAAAUGGAUACUUUUUUAAAAUGCAUACUCAAAAUAACAUUAGUUUUAUGUUUUAUGUUUUUUGUUUUACUGCAUAUUCUGCAGUUCAAUAUUUGUACAGUAAUUGCAGUUUCUGUUCGACACUUGUCUAUAUAACUCUAUAUACAGAGGGAAACGUGCAAGCAAGGGCAGUUUGCAAAACUAUUCUAGUUUCCGAUUCAGCCUCUAACCUCACAAACACAGCAUGAGCUCCACCUUUGAAUUUACUAUAUGAGUAAAUUCUUAAACACGUCCGAAUUCAUCAUUAUGAUAAAUUCGCGGCAAAUUUUGAAUUUAUCAUAAUAAUAAAUUCGCGGCACUUAACACUAACCCUAACCCCAACCCCUACCCUAACCACUAACCCCUAACCCCUAACCCCUAACCCCUAACCACUAACCACUAACCCCUAAUUUUUUUAACAUUUUAAAUUUUUUAAAAUUUUUUAAAAAUCUAACUUUUUAAACUUUUCUUGCUUUUCGAAACUCUUUUAAAACUUUUUAAAACUUUUUUAAAAACUAUUUUUUUAAAAAAUUUGAAAAACUUCUUGAAAAAAAUUUGAAAAACUAGUGCCAUUACAUUUACAACGGGAAACCUUGUGCAUGCUUGGAAAUAUUUGCCCUUUUAUUGUCUCGGGGUUCGGGCGCAGUUUCCGAUUUCACGCGUACGUUUCUUUAUCUGGUUCAGAUAUUUAUAAUAUUCUUAUAAUAUGCCAUUGAAUUUUUGUCAUAUGGAACGGUAUAAAUUUUGUUAAAUAGAGAUCUCAAAAGCGACUGUGUAGGUCGUAGACGCAGCGCCUUGCUGGUCUUACAGCAAACGUUACACAUUUGGACAAUAGCUAAAUAGACAUUGAAUGUCCAUUCUAUUGAUUUUAAAACGGUUUAUAGCAUAGAUAUCUUAUAUACACUAGAUAGCGCAUCUCUUUUAGUAAAAUUGAAGCCAAGAAUAUUCCAGCGGUUAUCCCCAUUUGAAUAGAUGGCGGCCAUGUUGGUCGUUCCCACUUGCUAAUAAACGCUUAAAAACAAGAAUAACUUUCAUCAUUUGAAUAGUUUAAAAACGUAUUUAGAAUAGGGUUAACUUAAUGUUUAAGUUCCCUGUUUAAGAAAUAGAAAACAUACGAAUCUUCUCAUUUCAUGGGAACGACCUGAGACUGCAAUAACGGCUUCAAUUUUUGAAUUGCAGAAUAAUUAGAUGCACUAUCUAGUGUAUAUAUAUAUAUAUAUAUAAGAUAUCUAUGGUUUAUAGACAUAGUGCUCCAGACUUUUUUUAAAAGUUUAUCAUCGUUUAUAUUAAACACCAGGGGCCGGUUGUAUAAAAACGUAGUUAGCGCUAACUGCAGUUAAAAAGUAGUUAAAAAGUGGUUAACUUUAAUCACGUAGUUAAGCCGGUUGUAUAAAAGUGUAGUUAGCCUUAACUGCAGUUAAAAAGUAAUUAAAGUUAACUAUGCUUUAGGGUAUAGUUAACUGUCCAAAACGUAGUUAAAAAUGGCGUUUGUAUAGGAGUGAACAACAUUUUUCAUUAAAACAACAAUGAAAAGCAACGCUUACCUGAGAUUUUCAAUCGCUAUCUUCCCUGUGAAUGUUUCCUGACAAUAUAAACUCUUCAAACGCUAUUGUUUUCUAGUAUUUUGAAAAAAAUUCCCGCCUAUUUGCAAAAUACGAGUCCACAAUAUGUUGAAAAUGUGUGUCAGCGGUCGUUAUUCGCUGCUUACUUUACGUAAUUUUGUGUUUAAACGCCCCACGCAAGCCCCACGCACAGUUAACUACGUGAUUAUAGUUAACUAUCCGACUAACUACGUUUUGUGCAACGCAGUUAAGUCAUGUAGUUAACUAAUUACAGUUAAGGAUUUAACUACAGUGAUUAACGCUAACUACAGUUAGCGCUAAUUACGUUUUUAUACAACCGGCCCCAGGUAGGAAGGAUUGUUAACGUACAAAAUUGUUUGGGAUUGACAGUAAAGAAUUAUACGACAAAUCACAACUGCAUGCAUUUCCUUUUCUGCACGAUUGUUCAAGCCAAAAAUCAAACUAUUGCACAGAAUCUCCGAUAUGAAUUCUAUCGCCAUUCGCCCUCGCCCCUUGAAUGCAAAGGAAUGAUAGCCGAAAAGGUUUAGCACAGUAUUUUUUAUUAUAUCUGGUCUAAAGUGUCGCUACGUUUUAUCAGGGAUAUAUAUACAUAAUUCAUAAACUGUAUAUGCGCACGAAGUCUAGCUGAUAGAACUACUUAAUAUAAAGUUUUAAUUAAUAAGCCUUUUAAAGUGUCUAUUGAUAGAUAGGUUGUUUGCCUCUAGUAUCGUUUGGUGAAACUGCUAAAAUGUUAUUACAGUAUACGAUAAAGAUUAAAGUUGAUUUAAAUAUUGAUGACACAGCGGCAUUAUACAAGUCGAAAGAAGUUGUAUUUUAAGCCGGGUUAUUCUUCAAAUAUAAAGCCCUGAAUGGAUAAUGGCAAUGACAAUGAAAGGUCUUCAUAAGCUAAUUAAGGUUUAUAAUGCACCUGCUGUAAAUUACUGUAAUAUACGAAAUAUGAUAUAAUUUACUAUAAAGUACAAUACCAAUGUCUGGUGCAAUCUGAUGCAUAUAUCGUCCUAUAUUCAAGUUAUAUGUACCGCACGCACGGAAAUUAACGCACAGUGGAGUCUUGGCGUUCGUCUGAUGACACUAGAUACCUAUACUUCGAGUCUUCAACAUAAUCAUUCUUGAUCGUUGAGUUUCAGCAAUGUAAAUGAAAGGAAUUUUACAGUCCAUAACGGGUUUUAAUCCUGUGCUUUCACAGUCAAGAUAGCAGCUAUUGUUCAAGGGUGGGUUGACUACAAAAUUUUUGUAGUUCGCUAUAACUACAGCUACUUCAAAAAUAUGUAGUCAGCUACAACUACUGCUACUUUUGAACAAAAGUAGUUCGCUACUGACUACGGCUACUGCUUAAAAAAUGUAGCGAACUAUUUCGCUAUUUCGCUACUCUAUAUUUUUUAGUUAUGGUAUUUGGGCUCAGGCUGUAAUUUAACCUAUAACAAAUAGACUUACGAGUAGCAACAGUAAACAAAUAGGGUCAAAGAAACAUUUUUGUAAGCACUAUACAGUGUUCAGGAGUGCCACUUUUCAAUGCGCUAAAAUAAUCUUUACUGUAUAAAAUAAUCUUUUAAGCAAACCGUGUCUUAAUAUCAUUAUAUUCUACGAACGGUUGCUAACAAUUUUAAAAAGUAGCGAAUAGCGAUUCGCUGUUUGAAAAGUAGUCAACUACUUGGCUAUUUUUAGGCAAAAUGUAGUUCGCUAUAACUACAACUACUGUUUUAAAAAAGUAGUCAAAAACUACUGGCUACUUGAAAAUUGUAGUUCGCUACAGUAGCGAACUACAACUACUUCGCUACAACCCACCUUGCUAUUGUUUACACAAAGUUGGCGAUGUUCUGGAAAUCAAAGCAUCCCAUUAUAAAAUAAAUCCUUUGUUGAAUAUCGGACAGGAUACACUUCAACCAUAAACAACCAUAUCGUUCAUUUGAUAUCGUUUGAUCGAUCAGUCGGUGUAGAAUUGGGAAGACAUAAAUAUAUGUUUCUACGGCGAUGCAUGCUCAACUUCGCAAGCCUGGCGCGUGUGGAGUCCUUCCCUUGGAAGUGAAAUAUGAUCCAGCUUGUCGGCUGUCGCUUGAAAUUUACCGCAACACUUAUUAUUGAUGACCUUCAGUAUAACAGGAAGUCGUGUCAUGAUGAAUACGAAUUUAAAACAGUUUAUUUCACGAUUUCUUGUUGCAAAUUAGAUUUUAUCACCCAAAACUUUCACACAUAAAAUUGCAAUUUUCCAAACGCAACAAACAGACUCCUCUACUACCCCUCCCUGAGAGCAAUUCAUUUUACCACUCAGAAUCUGCGGGGUCACGUGACCAGCCCCGACCAGGGUCUUUGCUCCACAAGAGGAAAGAGCCUGGGAACGAGGUUGGAAAAGUUAUAGCCUACUUGAAAAAUGUAUAUUCUAUUUUUAUUAUUAUCAUGUGAUUAUAGCAUCGUAUUUUAUUAACACUGAUUCUUACUUCUUUUUCUAGAAUUACGCGGAGUCAUUUGAAAUGGACGAGAGAGGCAACACUUAUCUGUAAUCGAAAAGAGAUGAGAAGUCCACAUUGCCGAAGUAAAACUAGAAACUGCACUAAAUAUAGAAACAAAUAUGUUUGAUAGUUUAUGUUUGAUAGUUUAUUUGACACUAAAACUUACAGCUCCAGAAUAUAACUAAUUCCACUGCUGAAAUAUGUUAGGUUUACAAGGAUAUUAAAACUAAUUUUACAUGUAUUUGUUUAAGAAAAAGAAUAAGAUUAGACUCAAUACUUAAAAAUACACAUUUACAUAUACAUACUGUAUGCGCAGACUUAUAAUUUGUUACUAAAACACUCACUAAUGCUAAUUUUGAUUAGGUUAAAAAACCAGCAUAUUCGCGGUAAAAACAGCUUCUAAGUUAUUCAGAAAACUUAUUAGAGUUAUAAGUGAUAAAACUGUUCCUAAAUCUGUUCGUUUUAUGAAGUGGCACGUUAAUUUCCUAUUUUUACGCAAAAAAAUGGCUACUGUCAUUAUUUAAUGGCGGUAACAAAUCCGUUAAUUUGUGCUCAGGAUUAUUGACUAUGUCCUUAAAAAGUUUUGUUGUUAAUUCCUGUCUUCUACCGUACAGUGAUGGGGUGUUCGUGUUUCUCAAUGCUUCUUUGUAGUGUUGAUCUGAGAAUAUUAUUCGAAAAGCUCGUUUCUGAAGUCUUUCAAGAUCUUCAGACAGAUAUUUGGGUAAUGAGUCGUGAAAUGCUUGGCACGCAUACCCGAUGACUGGUCGAAUACAGGUGGAGUAGAAAAGGAUUAGGUCGUUAGCUGCUAAUUUCGCUCGUUUUAGUUGUCUUAAAAAUUAUAGACGAG